GUGUAAUAAUGUUGGAGCAGCAGACAUAGUGUUCCUGAUAGAUGGCUCGUCCAGUAUCGGCAAGGCCAACUUCCCGCAGGUCAAGGGCUUCAUGGCCGGCAUCGUCAAGCCCUUCACCAGCUCCGUGGGACAAUCAGGGAUUCGCUUCGGCGCUGUGCAGUACAGCGACACCUCAAGGUCAGACACUGAGAGUUUGGUCUGUAAUGUUUGUUUCUAGUGACAAUAUAUAUCUAUAACACUUGACUCUCCAUUCUUGUCUCUUACUCUCUUUCUCUCUUACUGCCAUAAUAAUAGUGUAUGGUUUUUCCCAGGUAAUGAAGUUGUUUAUUGUUGUGUGUUUUGUCCCGUUCAGAGUGGAGUUCACCUUCACCACAUACCUGAAUGGCACAGAGCUGGUCAGCGCUGUAGAGAACCUCAACUAUAAGGGGGGCAACACUCGCACCGGUGCUGGCCUCAAAUUUGUGGCUGACAACUUUUUCAACCCCACUUCCAUCCGGAACGUCUCAAAGGUCUGAGGGGGGAUAGAGUGGACUGAAAGACAGACUAUAUUUUGUCCUGUGACAGACCAUUACAUAUUUAUCAUUUCUAUCUUGUAGCUAGAGUCGAUCGCUCGCUCUCGCGAAUAUCUAGAGAGUCGUAGUCGUAGUAUAGCGCGUCGAGCGAGUAUCGACUUCAGAUAGCUAGGAGAAUGCGCUAGCGCAGCGGAUGCUGCUCUCCAUCUCUCUAGCUAGCUCGCUCUCUCUCUAUCCUCGGAUCUCUCUAUCUCUAUCAGUUCUCUGCUCUGCUACUCUCUACUCUCGCGAUCCGCUUCUCUCUCUUCCUUCUCUAUAUCUCUCUAUCUUCUCUCUCUCUAUCCUUCUCUCUCUCUCUCUCUCGCUCUAUAUAUAUAUGCAGGUCUGUAUAUUGGUCACAGAUGGGAAGUCUCAAGACAAUGUGAGAGACCCGGCUCAGAAGCUGCGGAGUCUGGGAGUGGAGAUGUUUGCAGUGGGUAAGUUUGGGAGGACAUUCAAAUCAAAGUUUAUUUGUCACAUGCACAGGAUACAGCAGGUGUAGACGGUACAGUGAAAUGCUUACUUGCAAGCUCUCCUCAACAGUAUAGUAAAAUAAUCAAAAGUCAGAUGACAAAAUCUAAAUAUUAACAAGAGGUAUAGAAUAGCACUAGAAGCAGGGGAAUAUCAGGUCUGUGCAGGUAUAUAGCUAGGUUUAACAGUUCCGCAGUCUUAUGGCCUGGAGGUAGAACCUGUUGGUCCGAGACCUGAUGUUCCGACACCGUCUGCCAAAUGCCAAAUUCACUCAUUAAACCCGACCACAAGCCUCAGGCUGUAUAUCUUGAUAGUGUGUGUGUGUGUACAGUAUUUAACUGGUUGUUUUUGUCUCUCUCAGGUAUAAAGAGUGCAGACCAGUUUGAGUUGGCUCUGAUAGCCACUCCUCCUCAGAGAGACUACACAUUCUUUGUGGGGGACUUUAAGUUGCUUAACACAUUGCUCUCCCUGGUGGGCCCGCGUGUGUGUUCCAGCACUGGUGGAGUCUACGCUAGCGAUGGUAAACAUACACAGCUCAGGACAAUACAUUACAGUCUAUUACACUAUAAACAUCCCCUCUCUAUAUUUAUCUCUCUUUCAUUGUCUUACCUCUCCUCCACUCUACCUCUCUUUCUCACUCUCUUUCUCUUUCUCUCUUUUUCUUGCAGAGGCCUUCUCCGGUCCCUCUAACCUCCAGUUCUCAAGCCAGACCUCUGAUUCGCUCAGGUUCCGGUGGACUCCCGCUGGAGGGCCUGUGACUGGCUAUGUGGUGCAGUACACGCCACUCUCUGGCCUUGGCCAGCCAAUCACAGCAGAGCUGCGUCAGGUGGGCACUGCUGGUUGGGUGGUGGGGGGUGUGGUGUUCAUUCCUGACUCAGGGGAUGGGCAGCAGGCAGCAGCUCAUACUGUAGAUGAGACCGAGAUGCUAAUGACUCAUUGCAGUUUUGGGAGUGGGUGCAGCCAGGGAGCCUGUUUAAUGGCAGACAGACAGAGAGAGAGGGAUUGGGUUGAGUAGGAACAUGUUUUAAUGGGUGGAUCUGGAGUUUAAUUGAGUUUCUGUGUCUGUGCAGAUUAAACGUUGGCAGGAAACUGAAAUUCCCCCUCUGUGACUGUGUGUGUGUGUUGGCAAUCAUGACUCAUGACUAGGGUUGCAAAGCUACUGGUAAUUUACCAAAGUUACCAGAAUCUUCUGUAAUUUUGGUAAUUAACAGGUAAUCUAUGGUAACGUUGGUAAUUUAUACAUUAAUUACCUUUUUUUUUAUUCAUAUAUAGUAUUCAUUUGUUAUACUGUAUCUGUGUCCAUAUUGUCCAUGAGUUUCUAGUGGAUAGACCAUAUGGUUCAAGAGAAAAUAGCCUAAUUAAUAAAAAAAAAGCAUCUAAUCAACAAUGGCAUUCUUUUCAAUUAACUCUGCAACUCUUCCAACUAUUGACUUUUUUCACAACUGCCACCAGUUUGGUGCCAAGACAUUUACAACAAAGACAUAUUGACAUACAGUAGUCAAAAUAAUAAAAGUGUGUGUAAAAAAUUAAUAAAUAGAUAUUUCAUGCUGAAACCCUCAGAUUGAACACCAAUGGUAUUCACUAAGUUGAUGGUUUAUAUUUAGUAUAAUGUUUUACAGCUUUGUCAUUCUUAAAUUUUUUUAAUCAUCUUAUUUUAUUAUUUUAUAUAUUUUAUGUGAUGAGGCCACACAGAGGGCCAGAGAUAAUUACACUGAUAAUUUGAAGAACCCAAAAGGGCCACUAGAUGUCUUGUGGAAAUUACAUAAAAUCCUUUAAAGUUACCAAAAUUCUGGUAGUUAACUGGUAAACGUAGAAAGUUUCCAGUAAUAUACCCUCCCUUUGCAAACCUUCUCAUGAUCAUAAUGAGGAAUGACAUAGAUUAGUCUGUGAACAUUCACCCCAGUCAAAGGCUUUGACAAAACCUGUUGCUAUGUUAUUACAUUGAAGACCCAUUUACAGCAAUAGUUUUGUAUGUCAGUUUCCAUAUAUAUGUCAGGGGUGCACAAGUGCAAUCCUCAUGUCCACAAUCCUGCUGCUUUUCUUUUCUUUGUGAUACUGUUUGUCAAGAAAGUGCACACACACCUAGUUUCUCAGGUAGAAACCAGUCUCUUGUCAAAAAUCAGAUGAUGCUGCUGCCCCCUCGGGGAGCAGAUCUCUCAUGUACUAACCCCUCCUUCUCCCCCCUGCAGGAGACGGUGUCUGCAAGUCAGAGGAGCUUCGUGGCCAGAGAGCUGAAGUCAGGGACAGACUACCUGGUGACGGUCAUCGGCCAGUACCCCAACAGUGUGGGAGAGCCUGUGUCUGCCAAGGCAAGAACCAGUGAGUACACAGAGAGAGGGUGGGACAGAGGCAGCAGGGGAGAGAGGGAAGGAGGGAGGGGGUAGGGGAGAAGAUGAGAUCAUUUGAAACCAAGGCACGAAUCAGUGAGUACACACAGAAAGAUGCAGGGAGGAAGAGGAGGGGGGAUGAAAGCCUGGAGGAGAGAAGAAGAGAGUAAAAUGUCAAUACAUUUCAAUUCAAUAAGGCAGACUGGUGUGGAAGGGGAGGAUAUGGGGAUGACAGGAGGAAGCACGACCACUUUAUCAAUGGAGCUUUAUCUUUACUUUCAAUCUAUGUAUAUUUUAGAUUAGUUCUGGAUACCAUACCAACACAGUCUUUCUUUCCUCUCAAUGACAUGUCAUAUCAUCCCCUCUCUCCACAUCUGUCUUUCUUUAGUCACUAACAAGUUCUCCCCCGUUUCUCCUCAAUGUGUCACUCUCCAAUGUGAAGCCAAACCAUCCUAGUAGACCACAUGUACGUCUCAUCUGCCUCUCAUCCCUGUCUAUCCUCCUCCAUCAUCCCUCUCUCCCUUCCUCCCUCUCCACCCCUCGUUUCUCAGAGUCGCUACCGGGGGUGUCCGGUCUUCGUCUGGUCCAGGCUGGUUUCUUCUCCCUCUCUCUGACCUGGGACGCUCCCACCUCACAGUUCCAAGGCUACCGACUCACCUACGGACCCAGAGGUCAGACACAUGAGCAUGCACGCUUGCACGUAUGCACAAACACACACACGCACUCAUGCACACAUACACACAUUCCUAAACACCUAUACUCCGACUACUGCUCAGUCAAGCAUACUCUCAUUCUAUGUGACAACUGCUGAUGUAAACAGGACUUUAUAAAAUACAUUUGAUUGAUUGUUCACAGAUGAAGGAGAAAUAAAUGCCGUCAUGUUAACUGUCAUUAUAAAACACUGAACUCUUUACAUAUUUUCUUGGCAGGUGAGAGUGUAACAGACACAGAAAGGGGGGAGAGAGGGAGGGAUGGGGACAACAACCUACAUAUGGCAAGUUGAGAGAUGUAAAUAUGUGUGUAGAUUUAUGGACAUCAGGGUAGUAUGCAGUACUAUGAUGGAGAUACCAUGUCUCACCUUAUACCGCCCUCCGGCGCUCCCUGCCUGGCAGAGAAGAGUUUUAUUACCCAAUCAUUACCACAAAUAUCACAUACACUUUUACAGAUAGUUUUACAGAGACGUUAAAAACGAUGCAGGAGAGACAUAGGGAAACUUCAGGUAUGUAGUAGGGAUUGAAUGUGGCUGCAAUUCUAUACAAUAACAGGAAAAGGGUGUGUUAUGUCAGAUCUAUUUAUGGGGUGUGUUGAGGUGUGUGGUGUGACGUGCCCCUGAGGAACUACCACCAUACGCACACAACAUAACUCAGCGUGGCAGCUCCAUCCCUGAGUCAGGGUGUGGCAGGAGUACCAGUCUCACAUGGAGAACCUUUAGGAAGACAGACUGGCACUCUUGUUUGUUUUCAAUUAGGUCAGCGUUUAUUCUUUAAAGGUGCUACACAUAGAAUGUUUGCAUUGUAAUUUCAGAAAAUGUCCAUAAUAUAUCUGCAGUAAUAGUGGAAUGAUAGUGUUUCAAAAUAUUUUGGGCACAUGUAAAAUCGCAUUCUGAAAUGCAGAAUUUCUAUUUGACAACAAAAGCCGGAAAGGCUUCUGUCAUUUCCUGGUUGCAAAAAUUCUACACUGUUCUCUCAAUUUCAGAAAAAAAGCACUGAAUAGGGUAGGAAAUCAUCAAACGUUUGGGGGUUUGUGAGCGGGAGAACCCUGCUAGCGGAGCACCAGAAAAAGUUGAGCUCUGCUCUAUUUUAUGCAAAUUUCAAGCGAAGCAUUGUCAAGAGGAGGCGGCGACUCUGGUUUCACAAGCAUAAGGACCAGACAUUGAAAUGGAUUUAAAAUAUUAAUUGAGAAAAUGGAAUGGAUGUGAGAAGGAUUCAGGAGGGGGUGAGAAUGGGCCGGAUGAAGCCGAAGACUGCAGAUGAAGGAUCCGCAGGGUGGACCCUGUAGAGCUCAGCUUGGAGUCACAGCUAGACGUCAUCAGGCCAUGUUAGUUAGGCUGCUGCGGUGAUGGCAAUCCCCCCAGGAGAUCCUUGGAAGAACCUAAGAGACACUAGAUAGAGACGGAUGCUAAAUUUGAUAAGGCUGGUAACACACAGUGCUGUGGAAAGCGACAUCCACUGCAGAACACAGAGGACAAUGUUAGUUUGGUCAGGUUUAAGUAGGCUGGCAGUGGUGAUUAAGGAGAGUGAGGACAGAUGUGGAGGCUGAUUAGCAAUGAGUUGCAGCUGAUGAUGUUGAGGAGCUGUGUUCACGGCAACUAGUCAAAGUGUUGCAUUCAAGUCUGGUCCUUUCUCCUGAAUUUAUGAUCAUUCUUAACACCAUCAAAACCCACUGUUAUGGGAAAAUGGGAUGCGGUGAGGCGGUAGAUUUGUUUUGAAUGCAGCCUAGUACUGUUGCAAUUCACCGAGCUUUCACAUGGGGGAGACAUUCUAUGUGUAGGAGCAAGCAACUGCAAGCCCUAAUUCAUGCACCCAGUACACCCACACCCACAGAGACGGGCAAAAGAUACAUCAAAAUGUGUGUUGUUACAAAUACAAGAUACUCUAAAGACCAACGUAUCAAACAAAAACACAGGUAUUUUGUCAUUUCUAAAUACAAAAUAAAUUUGCAAGUACUACAACAACAUUCUCAGUAACGGUAACACAAACCAUUCCACUUGCUAUGACUGUGAUAUGUGGUUGUUUAUCUACUUUAGUUGAAUGCAGUAUGCACUGACUGUAAGUCGCUCUGGAUAAGAGUGUCUGCUAAAUGACCAAGCAUGCUUUGCAAGUGUUCAUUUUUACAUUUACAUUUUGGUCAUUUAGCAGACAUUCUUAUCACACCAUAGUGCCAUCAGAGUUCUUAUACCAAUGCAGGGUGAAAGGGGCCACAAAAUUGUGAACUGUUAUAAAAAAUGGUAUAGAAAAGUAUUUUGUAUUUUGAAAAUACAAAUUAUAGGUCUUGAAAGUAUCUUGUUACAAAAUACAUUGGAUUGUAGUUUAGGCCGGUGAAAUACAUAUGACAAAAUGCUCAAAAGUAAUUGAAAUACGUAUUUCAAAUACAUGUAACAGAAAUACUGCCAAUCUCAGCACAACCCACACACACACAUACACACACUACCACACACCCCUUGUAUACCUUGUCUGUGGUAGGAUGAAGAUCUGUGGCCAUUUCGCCAGGCAACACAUUCCUCUCAGGCUGGCACGUUGCCUUGGCAACAGCCUGAAAGGGCAUGUGGGCGGAGCUGGGUGGGGGUUGCCUCAGGCUGCAGGUCAGACAGACAGACAGACAGAAAGGCAGGCAGGCACACACAAACAGUUCUCCAGACUAUUCCUGAUCAUCCUCAUAUCAUACACAUACACUAUAAGCAUCUGCAUUUAAAGAUGUGUAUAGUCAGCUGUGUAUUUACUUGUCUGUUGCCGGCUCUAACCCUUGUGAUUGGCUGGCUGUGAUUGAUUGAUUGACAGGUCAGCCCAAGGCCCAGCUAGUGGAGCAGUCUCUGGCUGCAGACUCCACCUCUGUCACCCUGGAGAGGCUACUGCCCGACACAGAGUACGUCCUCACCCUCUACCCGCUGUUCCCCCGAAACUCUGCCUCCCCUGCCACCCUCACCUCACGGACAUGUAAGUACACCACACCCCCUCUCUCCCAUUACCCUCAGUCAGUACUGCAUGAUGCAUCAUUAUAUCAUCUUCUGUUUUAAGUGCACUUCACAUUAUUGGUAUGAGCCAUUGUUUGUCAAUGGAAGAGGAGCACAUAAGUUCUACAGUUAUCAUGCUCCUGAGCCUGACCUCACAGCAACCACAGUGCCUUGUGGCAGUAGUGUGAAGGCUACAUUAAGAGGAAAUCAUUUGGAACUGUUUUUGGAUGGAUGGAUUUCAUGCCAUGUCAACCAUACCAAUUGGCCUCAUGCAUUUGUGACUUUAUGUGAACCAUAGGUGGAAAGGUAACAGUGAUCAGAAAGGUUGUCAUCGCCAGAUAGGGUGCUUUGCACGUGUUUCUCUGACACUAUUUUACCUAGUUUACCACUAAUCGUUAGAACAUCAUACUGCCAUCUGGUGGUCACUAUUUGUGCUGCAGUAAUAAUAAAAAGUCUGAAGCUCUCAUAUAUUGUUAAUCUGUGCCCUAUUCUUUUAUUUAUUUUUAUUUCACCUUUAUUUAACCAGGUAAGCCAGUUGAGAACAAGUUCUCAUGUGCCUAUUUCAGUAUGUACACUGUGUUUAGCACUGUGUGUAUGUGUGUGUGCGUUUGCGUGUUGUGUGUGUCUUGCAGUGCGUCUGGAGGCGGCCCAGCAGCUGUCAGUGGAGACGGUGUCAGAGCGUAGCGUCCGGGUGUUGUGGAGAGGAGUGGGUGGAGCCAGGGCCUACAGACUGGUCUGGGGACCAUUCACCGGUAAGGAGCAGAGAAACAGUGACCAAUGACAGCAGAUUCUGUGCCUGUGUACCCAUGCAUCCAUCAAUAUAGACUUACCUUAUUAACAUGUAUUUACGCAGGAUGGUUGUUCUUCAGAAAUCCAUAGUGACACAGAAUGGAAUUUAGGAGAGAAUCAGCAAGGCUGUUAAUACUUUGUAUAGUGAGCAGUCAGUGACACAAUUUAUGUGUGCACAACAACUGUCCUUGUCCUUUUCUUUCACCCCUCCAUACCGCCCUCUAUCUUCCCUCUGCUCUCCUCUCCCCCCACCCUCUCUCCUCUCCCCCCACCCCCUCUCCUCUCCUCUCCUCCCACCCCCUCUCCUCUCCCCCACCCCUCUCUCCUCUCCUCUCACCCCCUCUCCUCUCCUCCCACCCCCUCUCCUCUCCCCCCACCCUCUCUCCUCCCUCUCCCCACCCACACCCACCCUCUCUCCUCUCCCCACCCCUCUCCUCUCCCCCCACCCCCUCUCUCCUCUCCCCACUCCCUCUCCUCCUCUCCUCUCCCCCCCCCCCUCUCCAUCCCCACCCUCUCUCUCCUCUCCCCCACCCCUCUCCUCCUCCCCCCACCUCCUCUCUCCUCUCCCGCCCACCCUCUCUCCUCUCCCCACCAUCCCCUCUCUCCUCUCCUCCUCCUCCCCCCCCCCUCUCCUCUCCCCCCCCCCCCUCUCCUCUCCCCCCCCCCUCUCCCUCUCCUCUCCCCCUUGCCCCCUCUCCUCUCCUCCCUCCCCUCUCUCCUCUCCCCCCCUCCCCUCUCCUCUCCCCCCCCGCCCUCGCCCGCCCCUCUCCUCUCCCCCGCUCCCCUCUCUUCUACUCCCCCCCUGCCCCCUCUCCUCGUCCCUCUCCCCUGCCUCUCCUCUCCUCAUCCACCCUGCCUCUCUCUCCUCUCCCCCCGCCCCUCUCUCCUCUCCCCCUCUCUUCCCCCGCCCCUCUCUCUUCCCCCGCCCCUCUCUCCUCUCCCCCGCCCCUCUCUCCUCUCCUCUCCCCCCACCCCUCUCUCCACCCGCCCCCCGCCCCCCGCCCCUCUCUCCUCUACCCCCAACCCCUCUCUCCUCUCCCCCCACCUCUGUGUCUCUCCCAGGUCGUGAUGUGGAGUCUGUGGAUUUGGCUGGUGACAGUGAGACUCACACCCUGUUGAACGUGCAGCCAGACACUGAGUACAUUGUCACUGUCAUCACCCUCUACGAAGGCAACACAGAGGGUCCUCGUGCUACCACCAGGUUCAAGAUAGGUACAGAGCUACACACACACAAUUUGGAGAGAUCACUGAAACACAAAUACAUUUCCCUCUCCUCCUCUCUCGCUCUCAGUCUAUUUUCCUCUCAGUCUUUGUCCCAGUAACUUCCACUUUGUCCCAGUAACUUCCACUGUGUCCCAGUAACUUCCACUGUGUCCAACAGACCGUAGUGUAAAGGAGGAUAGUAGAGGCAGUGGAAAAUAGAGGAAGUAGAGGCAGAGAGAGAAUUAUAUUAUUCUGCUUACUAAAUAUUCACUGUUUAUCCUUUUUUGGAAGUUAAAUCUGUAGCACACAUGCAUACUGUGCAGAAAACACACACACAAACACAUACACAUACUGCUUCCUGUGUAUGACUAAUUUUAGAGGGAUGUCUUCACUUAACAAGGGAUUUGGGUUGUUUGAGUUAAAGCUGAGUCAUCAUCAUGUUUAUUGGUCUGGAUUGAAAUCAGGGAGGGGGUGGCAUACUGUAGCUAUUUAAAACAGAAUGCCUCCUAAUGCUCCUCUCUGGGAUAUUUGAUCUCAAAUGGAAGAGAAAACACACAAUGUUUGUGUAGCUAAGAGUUGUUCAAAAUAAGUAUACUGGCAGUCCAACUAAGAUGCAUUAUGAAUUGAAAUCCCCUCUAAUAGCUGAUUAUAAACUGGGUGGUUCGAGCCCUGAAUGCUGAUUGACUGAAAGCCGUGGUAUAUCAGACCGUAUACCACUGGUAUGACAAAACAUAUAUUUUUACUGUUCUAAAUACGUUGGUAACCAGUUUAUAAUAGCAAUAAGGCACCUUGGGGGUUUGUGGUAAGAACAGCCCUUGUGUCGUGCCUAAGAACAGCCCUUAGCCGUGGUAUAUUGGCCAUAUACCACACCCCCUUGUGCCUUAUUGCUUAAAUAUCCCCUGAAGGGGUUUUUAAGAGGUUCUGGCAUACCAUGAUGUAUCAGUUGAUCAGACCCAUGGUUGUGUUGUAUCUCUGUUCCCCCCAUGCAGAGAGUCUGGAGCAGCAGGUGCUGAGGGCAGCCACCACCGGGCCCUCCUCCAUCCGCCUCACCUGGAACCUUAUCCAGUCUGCCAGGGGAUACCGCCUGGAGUGGAGGCAGGGGGAAGGUCAGACACACACACGCUCAUGCUCGCAUACACAUGUAAAGACACGUACGCCACAUGAGUGUGCUCACACAUACAAACUAAAGAUUCCUGUACUUUCAAACCCCUCAACAUUGAAGUACUUGGAGUACACCGAUCCACUCACACAAACAUAGAUGUACCCUCACUGACUGUCAACAUCAAACUGACUUACUGUAGUCUCUCUCUCCUCAGGUGGCAGAGUACAGAGUCAGUCGUUCUCCAGGAACACCACUAUUUAUGAUCUGUCAGGGCUGCAACCCAGCACUGAAUAUGUCAUCACCCUGUUCACCCUGUAUGAGGGACGGGAAGAGGCCACUCCCGUCUCCACCUCUCCCACAGGUCAGGGAUAGGGGCAAGCGCACCCCCUUUUUUUAGCCCCUUUAUAUUUAAUAUUUACUUUUGUAUUUCACUGAUUAUUUGUAUCUUAUUUGUUUCACCAUUUGACUGACCCCCCCCCAUCAUGUGUACAGUGGAACAGCUGGUGGGGAGGGUGUCCAACCUGCGAGUGGUAGAGUACCUGGGCAGCACUGUGCGACUGGGAUGGACAGGGGUUGCCGGGGCAACGCAGUACCGUAUCCUCAUGGUCAACACUGAAGGUAAGGGCACAUCUCAAAUGACACCCUAUUCCCUCCCUAUAUAGUGUACUACUUUAGAUCAGAAGCCACAUAUAUGUUUUAACACUCUGUACUUACAGCGCAAACAGAGGAAACCCGCAGUAUCCCUGGAAGCCAGACGACCCUUGACCUUAGGGGUCUGACGGAGGGCGUGUCUUAUGGGGUCAGCGUGACAGCUGUGGUGGGAGACAGCGAGGGGGACCCAGUCACUGUCUACAUCAAAGCAGGUGAGACACACACACACACACACACACACACACUCAUUGUAUGCUAGUGCGUGCUCCAGCCUGUGAGAGAGAGGAUGUAGACAGAUUGAAUGGGUGCAGAUCUUGGCUCAGAGCUGCAGUGUGUUUGCCAGUUUGGUAAACAGUGCUGUGUUGUGGUUGUGGCUGAAUGAAUGGCUGCCAGCUGAUUGUCAAUGUGAAUGGGUGUUGAAUACUGAUACUGAGGAGAGGUGAGCUGAGGCAAGAACAGACAGAGAUGAAAGAAGAGGGCCGUGUUUAGUAGGCACGAAAUGGGAAAAUGUUUUGAAAUGGGAAAUAUACGUUUGAUAUUGAACAUGGGAAAUGGUUUGGUUGUCCACUGAUAUUGAACAUGGGAAAUGGUUUGGUUGUCCACUAAACUGCAAUGUUCUUAUUGAUUUGUGAUUUUAGAACAAGCAUUGGAGAAAGUGACCAACCUGCGUGUGACAAACACCAAUGGUCGGCGACUCCGAAUCGCCUGGACAGGGGUUUCCGGAGCGACAGGGUACAGGGUCACUUGGAGACAAGGCAACAGUAAGUGUCAGCUGAAUUAUGCUUGGAAUGAUUUUGUGAUAAACUAGUCCUCAGAAAUACAAUGUUAUGAUAACAUAAUUAUAGCAGCAGUCCCUAUUUUUGUAUGUAUGUGUUACUGUCUCUCUCACCCUCUCCUUUAGAUGCAGAGCAGUCCCAGUGUGUGUGUCUAUAACAGUGUGUAUGUCUCCUAGAUGCGGAGCAGUCCCGUGUUCUGGGGCCAGGGGCCUCGCCCUACACGGUGGAGGGGCUGCAGCCAAAUGAGGCUCUGGUCCUGGGCGUGGCGGCUGUGAUUGGUCAACGUAUUGGGGAGGUGGUCACCCUCUCGGCCAGGACCAAUGGCAACAACGGCUCAAGCUCAAGCACGGUUAGCGGCCUGCGUAUCAUUGAUGUCACCUCUCAGAGGAUACGCAUCACAUGGUUACCGGUCUCCAGGGCAUCUGGCUACAAGAUUACCUGGCGCAGUGGAAAUGGUAGGCGUGGUUACGAUAAGUGAGAUGGGUCUUAUCUGACGUAUAAAUUACAUUCCUAUGGAUCCUUACCUUAGGUCUCAAAGCAUAUUAAGGCUCAAAGAACGCAUUGUAUUGGUUAUUGUCUAGUAGUUGCUGUAGUCUAGUAAUACAGUAAUAGCAAUCCCCAGUAGCGUUCACCUCUGCCUGACCCAUAGAGAAUGAUAGAGGCCUCUAGUGGCCAAAAGGCUGUUUUAGCAUGGGCAGAGCCAUUGAGGGCUUACACCAUUUUAAUGUAGUCAACUGGGUGUGACUUCCAACUUUAUUGACUGAUCCCUCCUGAUGACCCUGUUGGAGUCAUGUCCAAGCAGGUCAUCAGGAGGGAUCAGCCAAUCGUAAAGAAAAAUAUUUUCUAUUGCCUCAAUGGCGCUGCCUGUGCGCUCACAGACGCCAUAAUUGGAACUAUAUAGGGAUGCUUUCUCUAUCAUUCUCUAUGGCCUGACCCCAUCUGUCUACAGGAGUGGAGUCAUCCCGCACGGUGGCCGCUGAUGUCACUUCCUUCACCAUCGACAGCCUUCAGGAAGACUCCUCCUACCAGGUGUCAGUCUCCUCACUGAUUGGGUCUCGGGAAGGAUACCCCGCCUCCCUGAACACCAGAACAGGUAUCGCUCCAUCGCUCCAUUAACAAAUUGACCCCUAACCCCUUCUCUUCUUGAUAGCCCCUAGUAGAUUUGAAUGAGUUGGUUAGCUGUCAACAAUAUGGUAACAGCUUCACUUAGUUAAUUUAAAGAUUGAUUUAAUUAAUUAAUGAAAUGAGUGCUGUCCUAUAGACCAGUGCUUGUAAAUUGGUGACUGAUAUCUUCCACUUCUCUGUCCUCAGAGUCAGACCAGGUGGUGGUGGGAACAGUGACCUCACUCACAGUCCAGGAGUCCCGCGGUGAGGUCGUCAGAGUAACAUGGGUGGGCGUGCAGGGAGCAACAGCCUAUCGUGUGGCUUGGAAGCGAAUUGAUGGUGAGAGAUUUGAUUAGUUUUACUGUUUUAAUAAUAUAAUAAUAUGCCAUUUAGCAGACUCUUUUAUCCAAAGUGACAUACAGUCAUGUGUGCAUACAUUUUUACGUAUGGGUGGUCCCGGGGAUCGAACCCACUACCCUGGCAUUACAAGCGCCAUGCUCUACCAAUUGAGCUACAGAGGAUGUGAAUGUUUUGAAAUGUGAAUGAUUUUCCAUGAUAUUUCAUGAUUAAAUAGCGCACUAUCCAUAGCUCAUUUUCAUAUAGGAAUUACCUCUAUUCACACCAGCCACACUUAACAUAUAUAAACUUAGCAAAAAAAGAAACCUCCCCUUUUCAGGACCCUGUCUUUCAAAGAUAAUUAGUGAAAAUCCAAAUAACUUCACAGAUCUUCAUUGUAAAGGGUUUAAACACUGUUUCCCAUGCUUGUUCAAUGAACCAUAAACAAUUAAUGAACAUGCACCUGUGGAACGGUCGUUAAGACACCAACAGCUUACAGACAGUAGGCAAUUAAGGUCACAGUUAUGAAAACUUAGGACACUAAAGAGGCCUUUCUACUGACUCUGAAAAACACCAAAAGAAAGAUGCCCAGGGUCCCUGCUCAUCUGCGUGAAUGUGCCUUAGGCAUGCUGCAAGGAGGCAUGAGGACUGCAGAUGUGACCAGGGCAAUAAAUUGCAAUGUCCGUACUGUGAGACGCCUAAGACAGCGCUACAGGGAGACAGGACGGACAGCUGAUCGUCCUCACAGUGGUAGACCACGUGUAACAAUACCUGCACAGGAUCAGUACAUCCGAACAUCACACCUGCGGGACAGGUACACGAUGGCAACAACAACUGCCCGAGUUACACCAGGAACGCACAAUCCCUCCAUCAGUGCUCAGACUGUCCGCAAUAGGCUGAGAGAGGCUGGACUGAGGGCUUGUAGGCCUGUUGUAGGGCAGGUCAUCACCAGACAUCACCGGCAACAACGUCGCCUAUGGGCACAAACCCACCGUUGCUGGACCAGACAGGACUGGCAAAAAGUGCUCUUCACUGACGAGUCACGGUUUUGUCUCACCAGGGGUGAUGGUCGGAUUCGCGUUUAUCGUCGAAGGCAUGAGCGUUACACCGAGGCCUGUACUCUGGAGCAGGAUCGAUUUGGAGGUGGAGGGUCCAUCAUGGUCUGGGGCGGUGUGUCACAGCAUCAUCGGACUGAGCUUGUUGUCAUUGCAGGCAAUCUCAACGCUGUGGAUUACAGGGAAGACAUCCUCCUCCCUCAUGUGGUACCCUUCCUGCAGGCUCAUCCUGACAUGACCCUCCAGCAUGACAAUGCCACCAGCCAUACUGCUUGUUCUGUGCGUGAUUUCCUGCAAGACAGGAAUGUCAGUGUUCUGCCAUGGCCAGCGAAGAGCCCGGAUCUCAAUCCCAUUGAGCACGUCUGGGACCUGUUGGAUCGGAGGGUGAGGGCUAGGGCCAUUCCCCCCAGAAAUGUCAGGGAACUUGUAGGUGCCUUGGUGGAAGAGUGGGGCAACAUCUCACAGCAAGAACUGGCAAAUCUGGUACAGUCCAUGAGGAGGAGAUGCACUGCAGUACUUAAUGCAGCUGGUGGCCACACCAGAUACUGACUGUUACUUUUAAUUUUGACUCCCCCCUUUGUUCAGGGACACAUUAUUCCAUUUCUGUUAGUCACAUGUCUGUGGAACUUGUUCAGUUUAUGUCUCAGUUGUUGAAUCUUGUUAUGUUCAUACAAAUAUUUACACAUGUUAAGUUUGCUGAAAAUAAACGCAGUUGACAGUGAGAGGACGUUUCUUUUUUUGCUGAGUUUUAUAUACACAGCAAAUUGGCCAGUGUUACUUAGUGUUGAGUUUUCAGUGUAACAUUUCUAGUGUUGAUUCAGGUAUUAAAUUAACUCUGUAAGUGUAAAAUAACCCCAGUGUUGGUGUUAAUAACCAGUGUUAAACCAAAACCACGCCCAUCAUUAUCAUAUUUCCUAGCAUCCUCUAUUGCAGGUUGAUUUUUAGAAUUGUUUGUUUCAUUAUCUAUGUUUUUGCAUGUACAAUGAUUGAUUAAUUAACCUUGUGCUACUCAAAUAUAAAUAACAUACAUUUUUCUAAACUAAUCCAAUCUGUUACUUUGCAUCCAUUACUGAAAUGGUUGUUCCUGUUAACCCAUAAGAGUCUAAGGCUUUAUAAGAUACACUUUGUAUUGUGUUAAAUAAUUCUCACUUAGGAUAUCUGACACUAACAAAGACAGUCAUUGGUGGUGAUUUUACACUUCAUUCAAAAGGCAAGGCACUCUGGGAAAUAUUUAAAUAAGGCUUUACACUAAGCAGUGUGUUAAUUUAACACUGAAAAGUGUGGACCCGUAUAGACACUGGACCAGUGUUAAAUGUAACGCUGUCAGUGUUGAUUUAACGGUGGAGAAUUUGCUGUGUGUUAAUGAAACAUGGCAGCCAUUGUGUGCCAGACCACUCACCAGCACCCCUUCUGUCUUGGUAUAGGUGGGGAGGAGAGGAGCCAGCUGGUGGGUGGUGACCUGACAGCGGUGGACCUGGAGCAGCUGGACCCGGGGGCUCAGUAUGAGGUGCAGGUCAUGGCCCUGGUUCAGAACAGAGAGGGAUCCCCAGUCUCUGUCAGAAUCACCACACGUGAGUUACACUACAGUCUUAAAGAAAAGAGACUGUGUGGUAACAUUGUACCUCUGUUUGAUUAGGAUGGAUAUGAAAACAUUGGAAGGUAUAACUUUACUGAAUUACUAUGUAGCAGGGUUGGGGUCAAUUCCAUUUCAAUUCCACUGCAUCGCAGUGUUGCGGCGUCACUACAGCCUGGGGUCCCAUAGGGUGGCGCACAAUUGGCCCAGCAUCGUCCGGGUUAGGGGAGGGUUUGGCCGGGGGGGCUUUACUUGGCUCAUCGCACUCUAGCAACUCCUUGUGGCGGGCCGGGCGCCUGCAAGCUGACUUCGGUCGUCAGUUGAACAGUGUUUCCUCCGACACAUUGCGGCUGGCUUCCAGGUUAAGCGAGCGGGUGUUAAGAAGCGCGGUUUGGCGGGUCAUGUUUCGGAGGACGCAUGACUUGACCUUCGCCUCUCCCGAGCCCGUUGGGGAGUUGCAGCGAUGAGACAAGAUUGUAAUCACACAUUUUUUUUUAAAUUAAAUAAAUAAUAAUCCAAUUCCAAAUUGUCCUCAUUGAAAAGCACUGAAGAUAAUUGGAAUUUCAGUGUACUUCCUGAAUUGACUGUAACGUGGGGUUUUAAUGCGUACUGCUAUGUACUGUAUUUCCUCUUUCAGUAUUCUCAGUAUUUCCUUGCUCAUUGUGUAAUUUCUGUGUGUGUGUGUGUAGCAGGGGAACCUGCUGCUGUGGACCGUAUGGAGGGGGUCAGGGUGGUGGAGGCUACCCCAGGGGUACUGCGUCUGGUCUGGAGAGGGAUGGCUGGGGUCACAGGGUACCGCAUCUACUGGAGAUCAGCCCUGGGUAAACACAAACACACAGACACAGAUACAUACAUAAAAUGCGCAUCCAAACAUAUUUAUUUGCCAUUUUCUGGGGGCAUCAAAUAUUUAUUUUACGUUUUCUAAUAUUCUCUACUGGUUCCAUGCAGGUGAGGCUGAAUCGAGCCGUCUGAUAGGUCGAGAUGCGACCUCGUUUGACCUGGAUGGUCUGCGGCCUGGGGUGAGCUACACUGUGAGGCUGGCUGCCAUCUUCAGGGACAGAGAGAGUCAAGCUGUCACUAUCACUGCCUCCACAGGUACACCUCUCUGCCCACACCAUCUCCUCUACUUUCAUUCACUAUAGUUAGGGACAGGAGUUUUCCUGACCAUGUGACCUGACCAAGAUCAAAUCUUAUCAAAAACCCAAGGUUUUUGUGGUUAUGGCUAUAGGUUAUAACUGUAUAGUCACAACCUCUCAAUGUCCUCUAUCACACGAUUACUGAAGUCACUCACAUACGGUUGGCUCUCUCUUAACUGAUCACUCACUCCUCUUCUCCUCCCUUUAGCUCCCCUACAGCCUGUAACAGGUCUGCGUGUGGCAGAGGUUACCCAGAAUUCUGUGUUGCUAGGCUGGGUUCCACUGACUGGUGCCACAGGAUACAUCCUGCGCUGGAAAGAGGAGAGAGGUGAGACAGCAACACUGCAUAAUGGGGUCAAGUUUGGUAGUUUACUGACUAUGUUCCACAUUGAAAGGUUGAUCACUAAUCUUUGUGUGUGUGUGCAUGCUUGUGUGUGCCUGUGUGUGUGUGUACUUGUACGUGCUUGUAUAUGUGGGUGCCCGUGUGUGUGUGUGUUUUCUCUAACCAGACACUGGUCCGGGUCAAUCCAUCCCACUGCCUGGGUCAUCCAGCUCCUACAGGGUGACAGGGCUACGUCUGGGCCUGAAAUACCGCUUCACCCUGCAGCCCAGCUUCCAGAGAGAGGUGGGCCCUGAGACCUCAGUGGACGAACGCACUGGUAAGACUGACAUCACUCCUUUUUAUCCCCUCUCCUCAGUCCUCAUACCGGCCCUUGUACCACUUAACCAGUAGUUCCUAAACUAUGGCCUUUAAACAAAACAAUACUUGACAUUAUAUAAGCCUUUACCCAAGAAAAACUAACCCAACACAUUAUUUUCCAACCCCUCCUCUCUCUCUAUCGCUCUGUCCUCAGUGUGUGUGGGUGGUCGUCUCGACGUGGUAUUCCUGGUUCCAGCUUCCAGGGAUCGGGCCAGCCUGGCUGAUUCUCUGCUCUCCCUCCUGACCAGCGCUGCCGGCUCCCUCACUACCAUUGGAGAACGGGACUCACAGGUACUCUACAGGAACAGACAUCUGUGAUAUGUGUGUGUUGGCUGCUAGUGUUCUUCUGUGUGAUUCUAUGGUGUGUUUUUCUGGUGUUCUUCCUGUAUCCUCCAGCUGGGGAUUGUAGUGUACAGCGCCCGACCCAAGGUCUGGUUCCUGCUCAAUCGCCAUAGCAGCAGUGAGACGCUGCUUCAGGAGAUCCUGUCCACGCCUUUUGAGGAUGGCCCAGGGAAUGCUAUAGGUGUGUGUGCUUUGUACGUACCUGUGUGAAUGUGCAUGCGUGCUUGAGUGUGUGUGAGUGUGUGUGUGAGUGAGUGUGUUUGUGUGUGAGUGUGAGUGCAUGUGCAUGUGCAUGUGUAUGUGUGACAUAGAGAGAUAUAGAGAUUACUUUGAAAUAACCCGUUUUUGCAUUGCCAUUGCCAUUAAGGGCUUCCACCAUUAUAUUGUUGUUAACUUGGUGGGGAUUUUUGUGGGUUGGGAGCGAUCAGCCAAUGAUCAGAGCAUUGCCUUCUUCAAAUUGGUUUGCCUAGUUUGUUAAUGGCUUUAAGCUAUAUGACCGGCAUCUAAUGGCCACAAUAAAUUAUUGACACACAACAUUUUGUUCAAGACUCCAGCACGGCAGGUGGCAGUAAAUCACCAAUAUUAGCUUUACACUUUUUUCAAACAUCAAAAGAAGAAGAAAAUGUACUACUUUAAAAUAGAGAUAGCCUCAGUGGCGCUGCCAAUGCUGUCACAGAUACCAUAAUGGCACAGAUACAAAGUUGAGAUCUCUAUACAUCUCUAUGGUGUGUGAUGAUAUGUAAAUGUGUAUCUCCCCCUGCAGGCCAGGCGAUGACGUUCACCAGACAGUUCCUUCUCAGCCCCACAGCUGGUCGUAGACCCAGAGUUCCUGGUGCGGUGGUGAUCAUUGCAGAUGAAAAAUCCUCUGACAACGUCACUGUCCCAGCCAGUGCUAUCAAAGCCUCAGGUAGCCUCACACAGACUGUACAGCACCCGCACAUCUCUACUAAUGGAAUAUUCAACAGUAACUUUUAACCUACAGUCCCUUGUCACUCAAUGUUUUAAAACGAACAUUUUGAACAAUAAAUAGAAAAAUUCCCAAUAUUUAGAUGGCCGUGUGUGUGUGUGUGUGUAUCAGGUGUGACGGUGCUGGCGGUGGGUAUAGGUCGGGCGGACUCUGAGGAGCUGCGCCAGGCGGUGACAGAUGGCAGCACCCAGAACCUCCUAUAUGCCCGUGAUGCCACCCAGCUGGGCAACCUGCAUGCCGACCUGGCUGACCUGCUGUGUGGCGUCGCCAGGAUACCAGAGGGAGGGGUGAGAUAAGAGGGGAAAAGUUGGUGGGGAGGUGAGGUGAGAAAGAGAGAUUAGAAGUCAGACCAUGCUGUAGAUCCCAUGAUUUUGCUGUCAAUGUAAGCUCUCCCAGUCAGUAAGUCAGUUAAUCAUUUCCAGGGACUAAGUCGCAACAAUAUGGUGGAAUGCUCUGGGUCUCAGUGUGUAUGUUGUUGUUUUCUAUAUCAGGGCCCAGGGACAGAGCAGUGUACCAUACAGUGUCCUCGGGUGAGUUACUGUACUUUACCUCAUCCAUCCACACACACGUAGCCAUCAUUGCACUAUCACCAUACCUUUCAACUUCUGUGUGCUCUCAUUUUCAUCCCUCUUUGCCCUGCUAUCUCUCAUAUGUGUUCAUUUCACUCUCUCUAGGGUGACCAGGGGGAGCGAGGAGAAAAGGUAGCAAUUGAAUGGUUUUGAUACCAUGUUCUGUUACUGUAUGUUGUCUUGGAAGUUCUAUGGUCAGUAGUUGUGUCAGUUGUCCUGAUCAGUUACUGACCCUCUGUUACAGGGAGGGAGUGGAAGAGACGGUACUGACGGACGCAAAGGAGAGCCUGUGAGUCUUUCACCACUGAUUACUGAUCUAACACUGGCAGCUCAAACAUUAGCAUCCUCUUAUCAUCCACUGAGAGUGUGUGUGUGUGUGUGUGUGUGUGUGUGUGUGUGUGUGUGUGUGUGUGUGUGUGUAUGUGUGAUUUCCAGGGUCGUGAUGGUUUGCCUGGCAGGGACGGCCCCAGGGGGCCUGAGGGGCGACAGGGUCAGCCUGGCCGAAGUGAGGGGGUCAGAGGGGAGAAGGGGGAGAGGGUGAGUACACAUUAACACUUAUACUCAACACUUGUACUGUUGUAGUGAUACAGAUGUAGGAUCUUAAUUUAAUCACUCUUUUGGUGCUGAGAAUUUACCUGCAUAUCAGGAUAUGCAAACUUGUAGUGUAUCUGAGGUUUAAAAAGGCUUCUAAAGUUUUAAUUUCCACUUUAAAAUGACAGACUUGAUUUACCCUAACUAAAAAUGUAUCAACCUCUACAAAAAUGUCUGUUCAUUAUAAUCCACAUUUCCUGUAGGAUUAUUUUCCUGCUAUAGCAAACUGGCUCAAAUUAAGAUCCUACAUCUGUACUGCUGUAUUUACUGUUGUUUAUUCUCCAGGGUUUUCCUGGUCUGGAUGGGGGUCCAGGGUUGCCAGGGCGAACAGGGACCCCAGGCCCUGGAGGUGUCCCGGUGAGUAGUCAGGGGCCACAAUCACAGCCAGGGCCAAUCACAAUGUGUAAAUCAACUUGCCAAUAACACAUGUUGUUAUCCUGAUGUUCUUAUACUGUAAGUAGUAGAUGGUCAACCUGCUGAAAGUAAGUAAGCCUUGUCUGAACAGCCCAUAGGGGCAGGAGGCUAUCUCCUGUUUCUGUAGCGUGAGGCAGCUUGAUGUACAAGUUCAUCACCUGGAGAGGACAGUAGGCUGUCGCAGAGCCUUAGCCCCAAUCCAUCUCCUUAAUGCUGAGUGCCAAGCAGAGAGGCAUCUGGUCCCAUUUUUUUAGUUAUUGGGGAUCAAACCACCUUUCAAUCUCAGGGUGGACACUCUAACCACAUUGCCACUGAGUUUGUCUAACCUGCUGUAGACGUGGUUUAACGAAAUAUGUUUUGCUAUUUUGUCUUUUUCAGGGUUCACAGGGGCUACCGGGUGUCAGAGGAGAUCCUGUGAGUAUCCCUCAGCAACGCCAAUGGGAUCUGUUUAUACUGUAUCUUGCCUUGAUGUUUGUUUUAUGUGUGUGUUGUUGUAUUAUGAAGUUUGAUGUUUGAUGUUUUCUCUGUGGCAGGGUGAUCCUGGGCUUACAGGAGCACCAGGGACAAAGGGUGACAGGGGCGACAGGGUGAGUACAGUACACCUCUUUAUCCUCAGUAAACUAUACAUUGUAUGUCAUCCCAUCUGCUGUGUGUGUUGGAUGUUCACUAAGCUGGUUCUCUGGUGGUGUUCCAGGGUGAGCCAGGGUUGGCUGUUUCAGGAGGAGGUCUGCCUGGGAGGAAAGGAGAACCAGGGAUCCCAGGAAUACCAGUGAGACACACACACACACACACACACAGUCAGACACGUGCGAUGAUAAGUCAUAUUCUUUUCAGUUGAAUGAAUUCUGAAUGAUGAUGAAUGAUGUUCUCUCUGUUACCCAGGGUACCCUAGGGCGUCCAGGGAAUGACGGGGCCAAGGGCUUUGUGGGACCUGCAGGGACCCCUGGACAGGACGGUCGCCCCGGGAUACCAGGCACCCCCGGCCUCUCUAUCAAGGUCAGUUACCCUGGUCAGGUCUGGCCCUUGACACAGUAACUAGUGAACAGAACAGAACAGACCACAUGGGGGAGAAAGAGAGUAGUACCAGUAGCCUGUAACCUGUGUAACCUGUAAGGGCCUUUCGUGGACGACUGGAAUUGGAGGAGCGAGCACUAAGGAAUUAACAUGGUCCACACACACCCACACAAUUGUGAAGAGGGCACGACAGCGCCCCUUCCCGUUCAGGAGGCUGAAAAGAUUUGGCAUGAGCCCUCAGAUACUCAAAAAGUUAUACAGCUGCACCAUUGAGAGCAUCUUGACUGGCUGCAUGAUCACUUAGUUCGUCAACUGCAAGGCACCUGACCGCAAUGCGCUACAGAGGGUGGUGAGUACGGACCAGUACAUCACUGGGGCCGAGCUCCCUGCCAUCCAGGACCUCUAUACCAGGUGGUGGAAGGCCCCCCCAAAAAUCUCUAGCCACCCAAGCCAUAGACUGUUCUCUCUGCUACCGCACGGAACCCAGUUCCUGGAGUGCCUCAGGUACUGCAGGAUUUUGUUCCAACUAGACACCUGACCAACUGAGCUAAUUGAUCAGUUCAGUGAUUGCCUAAAUUCAACACACCUGGUCUUCCAGGUUGGUUAAAUGAAAAACAUGAAGUGCCUGCAGCACUCCAGGACCAGGGUUGCCUACUCCUGGCUUAGAUUGUUGACAACAUGUAAACUAUAUUUAGUCUCCAAUGUUUAUUGAAAACAAAUACAUUUGCACAAUGAGCACUUGUUGUCUCUCAAAUACAUCGUUACAGUUGUUGGUUAGCUAGCUAGUGAAUUUUUGCCAUAUUAGCAUUGACAUGAAAUCAGUCAAAACACCUCAAAACAGGACAUGGUAUCAAGAACAAAAUGAAACUAGAUGGAACGAGUCACUUACGAUUCCCCACAUGGCAGUUUCUUGUCAUUGUUGCUAGCUAUCUGGCCAUCCAAAAUCACAACAACACGCAGAUGUCUGCCCCAUUAAAGCGUGCGCAUUGUUUUCGUGACGUUGUCAGCUAAUCUAUCUAUUUAUUCCUCAUGUCACUAUUUACAUUUUUUAUUUAAUUUUUUAUCUUUAACUCUGCUUUGUUGGAAAAGGACCCAUAAGUAAGCAUUUAACUGUUAGUGUACACCUGUUGUUUACAAAGCAUGUGACAAAUAACAUUUGAUUUGAUUUGACCUGUAUGUAUACUGUCAGUAUCAAGAAUGGCCACAUGGGGAUGAAAGAGAAUUGUUUAGUGAUGCGCGGGUUGACUCAUAACCCGUAGUGCCCGCAGUUAUAUCCGCAUGGCAGAUGGGUUUAGGGUCAUUAAAUAUUGUGUUUUGGACUUGGGAACAGGAGUGGAGAAAUAUUAUUUCUUUUUUUCUGCAUCUUGAAAGAAAGUAAUGCUCAGUUACAUAACAUCUGUAGAGGUGCUGUCUUCAUCAUAAAAGGAUAAUAAAAGCUGAUAGUAUUUCAACCACAUAAAAUAUGCAUCGAAGCCGAACUGAAAUCUUAUCAGAAACAUGUUGGGUCGUUUUCACAGCUUUCUAUUUUCUUACAACCGAUCAAACUAAUGUCAUUUGGACAUUUUGCACUGAAAAUCUUUCCAGUUUUGUUUUUCUUUUCAUUACUGUAUUUUCUCCCUAGUCCCUAAACGUCUUUGCUCUGCAAAAGAUGACAGAGAAAAAACUUUACCGAUGUCAACUAGAUUGAAGCAUUCAUUCUAUCGAUCUAUGCCAUUAUUCUGUUGAGCAAGGGUUUACUUAGUCUUCUAGGGCAACAUAUAAUGACAAAAGAGAAGCUACAUGUAUCGAAUUAUAGCCUACCAAAAUGUUGGAAAUUCUAAGCAGAAACAAAGAAAAUCCUGCACCCCCUGUCAAAAAAUAUUUCUGCCAUCUUUGAUUGUAGCCUAUAGUGAUUUUUCUAUAUUUGCGGGUUAGGGUUGGGUGCGGGCCUCAGAUUUUCACUUCCACUUUAUCACAUAUAUUCUGGCGGUUGCGGAUAGGUUAUUAGCAAUUGCGGGAAGGUGCGGGUGAACAAACAGCUGACCAGCACACCACUAACAGGCACCUCAUCAGUUGAAGUUCAAUUCAAGUUGCUCCCAAAAACAUGCAUCCUUUUCAAAAGUUCUCAGAUGGUUCUAACUUUGAAUGAUUGAAGUGCUGUGAGGGAUGUUCAUAUACAGUGCCUUCAGAAAGUGUUCAGACCCCUUGACUUUUUCCACAUUUUGUUACGUUACAGCCUUAUUCUAAAAUGGAUUAAAUAAAACAUUUUCCUCAGCAAUCUACACACAAUACCCCAUAAUGACAAACCGAAAACAGGUUUUUAGAAAUGUUUGCUAAUUUAUUUAAAUAAAAAACAGAAAUACCUUAUUUGCAUAAGUAUUCAGACCCUUUGCUAUGAGACUCGAAAUUGAGCUCAGGUGCAUCCUGUUUCCAUUGAUCAUCCUUGAGAUGUUUCUACAACUUGAUUGGAGUCCACCUGUGGUAAAUUCAAUUGAUUGGACAUGAUUUGGAAAGGCACACACCUGUGUAUAUAAGGUCCCACAGUUGUCAGAGCAAAAACCAGGCCAUGAGUUUAAAGGAAUUGUCCAUAGAGCUCAGAGACAGGAUUGUGUCGAGGCACAGAUCUGGGGAAGGGUACCAAAAAAUUUCUGCAGCAUCGAAGGUCCCCAAGAACACAGUGGCCUCAUCAUUCAUAAGUGGAAGAAGUUUGGAACCACCAAGCCUCUUCCUAGAGCUGGCCACCCUGCCAAACUGAGCAAUCGGGGGAGAAGGGCCUUGGUCAGGGAGGUGACCAAGAACCCGAUGGUCACUCUGACAGAGCUCUAGAGUUCCUCUGUAGAGAUGGGAGAACCUUCCAGAAGGACAACCAUCUCUGCAGCACUACACCAAUCAGGCCUUUAUGGUAGAGUGGCCAGACGGAAGCCACUCCUCAGUAAAAGGCCACAUGACAGCCCGCUUGGAGUUUGCCAAAAGGUACCUAAAGGACUCUCAGACCAUGAGAAACAUGGUCUCUGGUCUGAUGAAUCCAAGAUUGAACUCUUUGGCCAGAAUGCCAAGCGUCACGUCUGGAGGAAACCUGGCACCAUCCCUACGGUAAAGCAAGGUGGUGGCAGCAUCAUGCUGUGGGGAUGUUUUUCAGCGGCAGGGACUGGGAGACUAGUCAGGAUCGAGGGAAAGAUGAACGAAGCAAAGUACAGAGAGAUCCUUGAUGAAAACCUGCUCCAGAGUGCUCAGGACCUCUGACUGGGGCGAAGGUUCACCUUCCAACAGGACAGCGACCAUAAGCACACAGCCAAGACAACGCAGGAGUGGCUUCUGGACAAGUCUCUGAAUGUCCUUGGGUGGCCCAGCCAGAGCCUGGACUUGAAACUGAUUGAACAUCUCUGGAGAGACCUGAAAAUAGCUGUGCAGCAACGCUCCCCAUCCAACCUGACAGAGCUUGAGAGGAUCUGCAGAGAAGAAUGGGAGAAACUCCCCAAAUACAGGUGUGCCAAGCUUGUAGCGACAUACCCAAGAAGACUUGAGGUUGUAAUCGCUGCCAAAGGUGCUUCAACAAAGUGUUGAGUAAAGGGUAUGAAUACUUAUGUAAAUGUGAUAUUUCAGUUUUUUAUACACUACCGUUCAAAAGUUUGGGGUCACUUAGACAUGUCCUUGUUUUCCAUGAAAAUAUACAUGAAAUGAGUUUGAAUAGGAAAUAUAGCAAAAUGCAUUGGAAAUGUAGUCAUUGACAAGGUUAGAAAUAAUGAUUUUUUAUAUAAAUAAUUAUUGUGUCCUUCAAACUUAGCUUUCGUCAAAGAAUCCUCAAUUUUCAGCAAUUACAGCCUUACAGACCUUUGGCAUUCUAGUUGUCAAUUUGUUGAAGUAAUCUGAAGAGAUUUCACCCCAUGCUUCCUGAAGCACUUCCCACAAGUUGGAUUGGCUUGAUGGGCACUUCUUACGUACCAUACGGUCAAGCUGCUCCCACAACAGCUCAAUAGGGUUGAGAUCCGGUGACUGUGCUGGCCACCCCAUUAUAGACAGAAUACCAGCUGACUGUUUCUUCCCAUAAUAGUUAUUGCAUAGUUUGGAGCUGUGCUUUGGGUCAUUGUCCUGUUGUAGGAGGAAAUUGGCUCCAAUCAAGCGCCGUCCACAGGGUAUGGCAUGGCGUUGCAAAAUGGAGUGUUAGCCUUCCUUCUUCAAGAUCCCUUUUACCCUGUACCAAUCUCCCACUUUACCACCACCAAAGCACCUCCAGACCAUCACAUUGCCUCCACCAUGCUUGACAGAUGGCAUCAAGCACUCCUCCAGCAUCUUUUCAUUUGGUCUGUGUCUCACAAAUGUUCUUCUUUGUGAUCCGAACACCUCAAACUUCAAAUCGUCUGUCCAUAACACUUCUUUCCAAUCUUCCUCUGUCCAGUGUCUGUGUUCUUUUGCCCAUCUUAAUCUUUUCUUUUUAUUGGCCAGUCUGAGAUAGGGCUUUUUCUUUGCAACUCUGCCCAGAAGGUCAGCAUCCCGGAGUCGCCUCUUCACUGUUGACGUUGAGACUGGUGUUUUGCGGGUACUAUUUAAUUAAGCUGCCAGUUGAGGACCUGUGAGGCGUCUGUUUCUCAAACUAGACACUCUAAUGUAUUUGUCCUCUUGCUCAGUUGUGCACCGGGGCCUCCCACUCCUCUUUCUAUUCUGGUUAGAGCCAGUUUGCGCUGUUCUGUGAAGGGAGUAGUACACAGCGUUGUACGAGAUCUUCGGUUUCUUGGCAAUUUCUCGCCUUCAUUUCUCAGAAAAAGAAUAGACUGACGAGUUUCAGAAGAAAGUUAUUUGUUUCUGGCCAUGUGUGUAGAUUGACGAGGAAAGAAAACAAUUAAAUACAUUUUACAAUAAGGCUGUAAUGUAACAAAAUACACUAUAUUUUACUUCCUCAUGUAAAGUAUAUCUUCACCUUAAGAAUAACCCCCUAACGGUCUGGCUGUGAUAUGAUAAUGUGGGAAACGUAAACAAGAUUACAUUUUAGUUUUCUAGGUUAUUUCCAUUCUCUGCCUUUGAGUAUAUCUGUCAUCGUCCUCUUUAUGUUUUCAUCUUCCACCCUUCAUGCCCUUCCAUCAGUUUCCUUGACAACCAGCAUCUUCAGACUUGGAGAGGCCUAGAUGUUUCGUCAUAGUGAAGUAAAUGGGCAUUGUGUGUGUGUGUGGGUGUGGGUGGGUGUGUGUGUGCGCGCAUGUGCAUGUCUAGGAGUCAAAUGUAUUUCUAUGCAUUCCUAUGGGAUGUAGUGUCUGCGGAACUACAAAGCUCAAUCACUAAUCCUCUCUCUCUCUCUCUCUCUCUCUCUCUCUCUCUCUCUCUCUCUCUCUCUCUCUCUCUCUCUCUCUCUCUCUCUCUCUCUCUCUCUCUCUCUCCUUUCAGGGAGACAAGGGAAGCACCGGAGAGAGGGUGAGUCAUACAGGGCUGUCCCCAGCUUUUCUUGCAGAUUAAUUGCAUAUAUCGCUUUAGGAAUGAUGGAGCAUAAUGAUUAUCACCUCUCUGUUAUCUCUCUCUCUCUGUCUGUCUGUCUCUCUGUCUGUGUGUCUGUUUGUCCUGCUGACAGGGACCUCCAGGAGUGGGCAGUGGCUUGGCUAUGAAGGGGGAGAAGGGAUCACCGGUAAACUCUGUCAAUCACAGGAAAUGUGUCUUUGUGUAUAUGUGACUACAUUUGUGUCCUGCAGAUCUCUGGGGUGAUAAUUAUACUGUACACGUCUAUGGUUUGAUGUGCUACCAUAACUGAAUUAUUUACCAUAUCUUAUUGUAUUUUGUUGUUUUUUAGGGUUCUGAUGGAAACCCAGGAGCUCAGGGUCCCAGAGGACCUACAGGACAACAAGGAACCAAAGGAGAGAAGGUUGGUACUGUGUGUGUGCCUGUGUGUGUACAGUAUAUGCAUGUGUGUUAGAGAGAGAGUGUGUACUGAGUGUUUUUUAUGUUUCAGGGGGAGAGUGCAGAGGGGUUGCCAGGACUGGCUGGGAAGGCAGGAGAGCCUGGUGAUCGGGUAGGACACACAUUCACAUACAUCAGUGGAGGCUGCUGAGGGGAGGAUGGCUCAUAAUAAUGGCUGGAAUGGAGUCAACGUAAUGGUAUCAACCACACGUGUUUGAUGUGUUUGAUACCAUUCCAUUGACUCCAUUCCAGCCAUUAUUAUGAGCUGUCCUCCCCUCAGCAGCCUCCACUGACAUACAUACACUAAGUAUGUGGCCAAAAGUAUGUGGACACGUGCUUAUCAAACAUCUCAUUCAUGGGCAUUAAUAUGGAGUUGGUCCCUCCUUUGCUGCUAUAACAGCCUCCACUCUUCUGGAAAGGCUUGAUGUUGGAACAUUGCUGGAGGGACUUGCUUCCAUCCAGCCACAAGAGCAUUAGUGAGGUGGGGCACUGAUGUUGGGCGAUUAGGCCUGGCUCGCAGUUGGUGUUCAAAUUAAUACCAAAGGUGUUCAAUGAGGUUGAGGUCAGGGCUCUGUGCAGGCCAGUGAAGUUCUUCCACACCGAUCUCGACAAACCAUUUCUGUAUGGACCUCGCUUUGUGCACAGGGGCACUUUCCCGAACUGUUGCCACAAUGUUGGAAGCACAGAAUCGUCUAGAAUGUAAUUGUAUGCUGUAGCGUUAAGAUUUCAAUUCACUGGAGCUAAGGGACCUUGCCCAAACCAUGAAAAACAGCCCCAGACCAUUAUUCCUCCUCCACCAAACUUUAUAGUUGGCACUAUGUAUUCGGGCAGGUAGCGUUCUCCUGGCAUCCGCCAAACCCAGAUUCGUUCGUCGGACUGCCAGAUGGUGAAGUGUGAUUCCUCACUCCAGAGAACGUGUUUCCACUGCUCCAGAGUCCAAUGGCGGCGAGCUUUACACCACUCCAGCCGACGCUUGGCAUUGCGCAUGGUGAUCUUAGGCUUGUGUGCAGCUGCUCGGCCAUGGAAACCCAUUUCAUGAAGCUCCCGCCAAACAUUUCUUGUGCUGACGUUGCUUCCAGAGGCAGUUUGGAACUCGGUAGUGAGUGUUGCAACCGAGGACAGACGAUUUUUACUUGCUACGCGCUUCAGCAAUCGGCGGUCCCGUUCUUUGAGCUUGUGUGGCCUACCACUUAGCGGCUGAGCCGUUGUUGCUUCUAGAUGUUUCCACUUCACAAUAACAGCACUUACAGUUGACCGGGGCAGCUUUAGCAGGGCAGAAAUUUGAUGAACUGACUUGUUGGAAAGGUGGUAUCCUAUAACAGUGCCACAUUGAAAGUCACUGAGCUCUUCAGUACGGGCCAUUCUACUGUGAAUGUCUGUCUAUGGAGAUUGCAUGGCUGUGUGCUCGAUUUUAUACACCUGUCAGCAACGGGUGUGACUGAAAUAUCAGAAUCCACUCAUUUGAAGGGGUAUCCACAUACUUUUGUACAGUACAUACAUACAUAUCUGUUUACUGUAAAAUGAAGGACAUACUCAAGUCAUGUACAACAUAUUCCAACAGUCCUGUAUGUUUGUGUGUUUUAGGGUCCCCGUGGGCCUGCUGGAAGCCUUGGAGUCAAGGUAAGACGAUGCAAAACAUUAGAUAAAAUAUCCAUGUUUGGGACUAUAAUGAGUGAUAAAAUGUAUAUUUGUGUGGGUAGAUGGGUGGGUGGGUUUGGGUGGAUGGAUGGAUGGAUGGAUGAAUGGAUGAACGGAUGGAUGGAUGACUCUGCUCUGUCUUCUCAGGGGGACCGGGGCCAGCCAGGUGAACCUGGAUCACAAGGUGACAGGGUGAGUAUGGAUACAGCCCCUCUAACCCACUUAGACUGCUGCUGUUAAACUGGUGUGUCUGCUGUGGGUUGUAACUGACUGUGUUGUCUUUCCAGGGGGAGAGAGGACCUGCUGGCUUUGCAGGGGAGAAGGUGAGUACCAUGAAGCUAGAUAUUAUACAGCUACAGUGUAUGAAUAUGACAUUUGUUUUCCGUUUUCAAUUGUGUUCACUAGUAUUUAUCCUCACCCACUUCUCCUACUCCUACACUGAACCAAAUCCAUUUUUAAGCAUGAAGGUCACAGGUAUCAGAAAAGCCUGCUGAGGGCUGUGUCAUGCAGCAUGUUGUUCUGACCACAGUGUGGCGCUGUGUGUUUCAGGGGGAGACAGGACAGUCAGGCUCUACAGGGGCUCUAGGCCUGAGGGUGAGUAACCAUGUCUUACUGUACCUCUACAGGAUUUGGUUCGUCUUCACAUCGUGACCCACCACUAUUGAUUGAUGUUGUUCUGUUAUAGGAUUUGAUAAUACAUGCUGCGGCUUUAGAGAUUUGUGAUAUUUUAUUAUGAUGCGUGAGUGUGUGAGACAUGUGUGUGUGUUGAUUUGCUCACAGGGUUUGCCUGGCACCAAUGGACUACCAGGGGAGAAGGUGAGGCUAAUGCAGUCUGACUUAUUCUCUGAUCAUUUAAAGUGACAAAAAAUAAACAUGACUGAACUAUGUAAUGUAAUCAGAACAAUGACAUCAACUAAACAUAGAUGAACAUCAGAUUUUUUUUUUACGAACCUGUCUGUCUCCAGGGCAGCGAGGGCGCUAAGGGAGAACCUGGCCGGAGUGUGAGUCACCUCGUACAUGGUUUAUUUUGAUGCCUCAUCGUUAGAUGGACUGAUAUUAAUUAUUUUUAUGGAUUUUUAUGGAAGUACUUCACUACAGUAAUUGAAAAGUCAGAGAUCAGUAUUGGUCAAUGUAAUGAUAUCUCCUCUGUAUAAUUCUACACAUCCAGGGGCCAGGCUUAGGUGGGAAGAAAGGUGAACAGGCAAGUUUCCCACUUUUACUUCCUCAUUCUGCCAUCUCCAUAUUAAUGGUUGAUAUGUUGAUGUACUGUAGACAGUUACAACACUUUCUCCAUAGACUCAUUCCCUCUCCUCUCCUCUCCUCUCCUCUCCUCUCCUCUCCUCUCCUCUCCUCUCCUCUCCUCUCCUCUCCUCUCCUCUCCUCUCCUCUCCUCUCCUCUCCUCUCCUCUCCUCUCCUCUCCUCUCCUCUCCUCUCCUCUCCUCUCCUCUCCUCUCCUCUCCUCUCCUCUCCUCUCCUCUCCUCUCCUCUCCUCUCCUCUCCUCUCCCAGGGUGAACCGGGUCUGCCAGGUCCAGAGGGGCCCAGGGGCCAGAAAGGAGAUCCAGCCCAGAAAGGUGAAAAAGUGAGUUGGUACCCACAGGUUACAUGAUGGUGCGCUGCAUGAAUCUGGCACUGCAUGCCCUUCGGUGGUCUGUGUGUGCGCGGCGUGUGUGUGUGUGUGUACAGGUAAUUUAAUGAUGUUCUCUAUGCUAGCGGGUAUAGAUGUUUUUGCUGUUCAUCUCUCUUUCUGCUCUUCACUGUCUCUCAUACUCUAAUUUCUCUCUCUCCUCUUUCAUUCUUCCAGGGUUCCCCAGGUGCUGGCUCUCCUGGCCAGGCUGGAUCUAAAGGAGAGCAGGGGGAUCGGGUGAGUUCAGAGGAAGCUGUGAUAAUUUAUCAGUCUUUAUCUAAGCUACAAAUCUCCUUGAUAUAUGUGCAGAAAGCCUCAGAGGUAUAUUGUAAAUCAUAUGUAUCAUUCAUUGAGCUUCCCUGUGUAGCUGCUGAAAGAUGCUCAGCACGUAGGUCAUGUUCUACACACUCAGACUGACAGUCUAUAAAUACAUAAACAUGUUCUUUCGCCUCUAGGGACUCCCUGGUUUAGCUGGAAGACUGGGGACCAAGGUCAGAAACAUGCCUUGACUGGCUUUUGUCCUUUUAUUUGAACUUCUAUUUAGUAUUUAUGUUGCAUCAGUGUUGCUUUCUCAUAAAGUAACUUGUACUUUCUUGUAAGUAAUUCAAAUUUUUAUUAUAGUCGAACUACUGUGUCGCGUGAGUCCAGCUGAUCUCAAUGUGUUCCUAUUGGUGUUGUAGGGAGACCCAGGUGAACCAGGAGAGAGAGGGGAGACAGGACGAGCCGGACCCGCAGGAAAGAAUGGCAUCCCAGGAAAAGAGGUCUGAGACACUACCCAUUCGACCCUAGAGCUUUUCACCUCUGCCAAACUCCUGCAUGUUAUACUAUCACUCACCCAAUGCAAAUAACCCCUGUUUCAAUACUAGUCACUUACUGUGCUAACAACGUGUUAUCACUCUAUUACUACUACUCUGUAAUAACUAUACUACUAUUAUGUUAUCGCUAUUGUAUUUUCUCAAACUCUGCUUCUUCACUACUGGGCCCAUUACCUUGUUACGUCUACACUUUUAUUUCUCCAGUUCAAUCAACCUACAGCAGUGGUCACCAACCUUUUCUGAGUCAGGAUCACUUUCUGAGACAAAAUGCAAGCCGAGAUCUACCGCUCAGAUUCUUUUUUAAAUAUGACUUAAGAAAUGUAAGCUUAUGCAGCAUUAACCAAUGAAAAACAGUUCUGCAACAAUGAGGUUUAUGCAGUAGGCUACAGGCACAAUACAUUAUCACUCCUUAUUGGCUACGCUUGAAUUGCCCUGCCAAUGUUGUUCUACUCAGACCAUUUAGAAAUUAUAUUUCUAUAUUGUAGGUAUAUGAUCACACUGGUAAUAGAUCAUUUCUUGUAUUACUUGUGAGGCACAGCUGAGUGAGCAUAAUAAUUUGUUUUGUUACUGGACUGAUGGCCUGCAUCUGAUGGUCAGUCUGAGGGGAGGGAGGGAGCAGCGAUGAGGCUGCCUCUCACCAACUCACCGUCCAUCCUCUCUCCCUCCCUCCAUGAAAAAAUGGAGGGAAGUCUUUCAGCUGAUGCCGAAACUUAAGUCGCAGUGCAUUAUUUCUGUACCAAUUCAUGUUAUUACUCCUAUGACCAGAGAAAAAAGACACAAGCCGCAAAUAAUAACAACGCAAGCAUAGCCACGGGAAGUAGGGGUGCUGAGGGUGCUCCAGCACCCCCUGAAAAAUCCCAAAAAAUUAAAAUAUAUUCAUACAAAUAUAUUUAUAUAUAUAUAUAUAUAUAUAUAUACAGUACCAGUCCAAAGUUUGGACACACCUACAAAUUCAAGGGUUUUUCUUUAUUUUUACUAUUUUUUACAUUGUAGAAUAAUAGUGAAGACAUCAAAACUAUGAAAGAACACAUAUGGAAUCAUGUAGUAACCAAAAAAGUGUUAAACAAAUCAAAAUAUAUUUUAUAUUUGAGAUUCUUCAAAUAGCCACCCUUGAGUGUGCAAAACUGUCAUCAAGGCAAAGUGUGGCUAUUUGAAGAAUUUCAAAUAUAAAAUAUAUUUUGAUUUGUUUAACACUUUUUUGGUUACUACAUGAUUCCAUAUGUGUUAUUUCAUAGUUUUGAUAUCUUCACUAUUAUUCUACAAUGUAAGAAAUUGUAAAAAUAAAGAAAAACCCUUGAAUGAGUAGGUGUGUCCAAACCUUUGACUGGUAGUGUAUAUAUUUUAGAAAAAUAUUUUUUUCACAAAUGUCAUGCACUGGGCCUUUACUAGUCCUGUAUUAGCAGACCGAUAUAGCCGACUGUAACGCAGGCAACAACAACAACAAAUCAGCAUCGAACAAAGUGUUGGCAGUGCUGAAUAACAAGUUAAACAUGAACUUACUCAUAAAAUCAGCAGCUCUUUGCUGUAUUCGUUGAGUCUCUCUAGUCAUGGUUUUAAAAGUUUAGAAAUAUGAUAUCAACUUUUCUGUUCGUUCGGGGCUUCUUUUUACAGUCUAUGGUGUGAGGAAACUGUGCAGAGCGGUAGGCCUAUAGGUGCACUUGAUUUUCUCUCUGGGCCUGCCGGGUAGGCGAAGUUCUACCUUCAGACACAUGAAAUUGUUCAAAUGGGAACACUUUGCCUUCCCGGCGCUAGGGCUACUGAAUCAAGUGCAUCCACCGUCAACAGUGUGAAACUAAUAAACAAAUUAGGAACGCAAGGCUUUAUCGUUGGGUUUUUUACAGAAAUGUUUGGUGAUUUACUAGGAAUGGCUUGAACAUCGCGAUCGACCGGUUGGUGACCACUGACCUACAGUAUGUUAUUCAAGACUGUACCACAAAGGGAAUGAAUGUCAUACUGCCAUUCCAGUACUAAUACAGUGUGUGUAACUCUGACCUCUUUGUUGUGUAAGUGUUGAUAUGAUAUAAUGAUGACCUAACCAGUCAUAUAAGGCUUUCUUUCUAUCUCUCUCCCAUCAUACCCUGAUGCCACUAGAGGUACAUCACCACUAAUGACUAUUACUACAACUACUUUUUGGACUAAUACUCAAACAAUACUACUACUACUACUACUACUACUAAGUUUAUUUCAUGUCUACCACAAUCAUUUCCCUAUGUGAUGUUGUGGGGUUCUGGUUUAAAAGUUUGAUGGGUUUUGACUGUGUCAUUGUGGUCAGUGUGGUGUUCUCCCCCUGUGAUGGGACUGAAUUAUGGAUCACUGUGUUUUACAGGGAGCCAAAGGAGACAAGGGUGACGAAGGCACUCCCGUAAGAAAUUCUCUCCAUCCAUCUCUCUAUAUAUAUUUUGUCCUGUGACAGACCAUGAUCUCGCUCGCUCUCUCGCUCUCGCUCUCUCUCGUUCUCUCUCUCUGUCUGUCUCUCUGUCUGUCUCUCUCUCUGUCUCUCUCUCGCUCUCUGUCUCUCUCUGUCGCUCCCUCACUACCUUAUCUGAUUCUAUCAGUUCCAUUCAAAGUUUUUCAUGUUUGAAUGCCACUUCUCUCUCUCUGGCACCCAUUCUCUUUAAUAGUAUUGGUGAGUGAGAGAUGAGUAUUAUUGUCACAUGAUUCAGACCCUCUGCUCAUCUGACAGGAUUGGUGAAGACUAGAGACAAUAGCAGAGACAAUAGCAUAGCAUUUAUCUGUUUCUAUGUCUUCUUCUCCUCCUCCUUCCCCCUCUUCCUCUCCUCUACCAGUCUCUCUAAUUUUCUGUCUGUUCUCUCUCUCCACCAGGGGGAGUCUGGACUCCCAGGGAAGGCAGGGGAGAGAGGACUAAGGGUGAGUAGUCACAUGUCUGUGUCACAUACAGCCAAUGAAUGGUAUAUAUGAAUGGACAAAGCCAUUGAUCACAUGACACCAUUCAUUCCUAUGUUAAGACUCAAUAGCACAUUGAAGCCAAAUGAAGUCGGUUAAGAUGGCGUCUCAUGGAGACAUAAUAUGCACAGUUUGAACUACUCCAGGAAUGGACGUUGCAGGUUAGCUCAGUGCUGCCCCCUCUCAUUGAGUAACUGAAGUUGAAGGUCGACCAGGGUACUGCAGGCUUCCAUUAGCAACUCAAUUAUCCUUAUAACUUCUUCUGUGUGUGAUUUCAAAAUAUUUGGUUCAAAGGACAUACCAUUUUUGGUACCAUGCAUGAUUCCCCAAAAAAUGAUGAUUCCCCCAAAAAAUAUAUAUAUAUUGAACAAAAAUAUAAAUGCAACAAUUUCAAAGAUUUUACUGAGUUACAGUUCAGAUAAGGAAAUCAGUCAAUUGAAAUAAAUUCAUUAGGCCCUAAUCUAUGGAUUUUACAUGACUGGGAAUGCAGAUAUUCAUCUGUUGGUCACAGAUAUCUUUAAAAAUAAAAUCGGCCUCACAAUGGGCCUCAGGAUCUCGUCACGGUAUCUCUAUGCAUUCAAAUUGCAAAUCGAUAAAAUGCAAUUGUGUUAAUUGUCCGUAGGUUAUGCUUGCCCAUACCAUAGCCCCACCACCACCAUGGGGCACUCUGUUCACAACGUUGACAUUAGCAAACUGCUCACCCACACGACGCCAAACAAGUGGUCUGCGGUUGUGAUUCAAUUUGGACAUACUGCUAAAUUCUCUAAAACGUUGUUGGAUGUGACUUAUGGUAGAGACAUUAACAUUAAAUUCUCUGGCAACAGCUCUGGUGGACGCUCCCUCAAAACUUGAGACAUCUGUGGCAUUGUGUUGUGUGACUAAACUGCACAUUUUAGAGUGGCCUUUUAUUGUCCCCAGCACAAGGUGCACCUGUGUAAUGAUCAUGCUGUUUAAUCAGCUUGUGCCACACCUGUCAGGUGGAUGGAUUAUCUUGGCAAAGAAUAAACGCUCACUAACAGGGAUGUAAACAAAUUUGUGCACAAAAUUAGAGAGAAAUAUUAUUUUUGUGCUUAUGGAAAAUUUCUGGGUUCUUUUAUUUCAGCUCAUGAAACAUGGGACCAACACUUUACAUGUUGCGUUUAUAUUUUUGUCCAGUGUAUAUUUACACGAAGAUUGCCAUUUUUUCAUUCACUAUUAUGGGGAAUCCUGUUUUCUGCUAACAAUGCCUGCAGUACUGCGGUCGGCCUUGAACUUCUGUGCCUUCAAUGAGAGGCGGCACUAUAAAACAUCAACUCCCUUUUAUGCCCUCUUUUCAGAAUGGUCUUGCUGUACUGUUUAUGGUGAUUGGUCACUAAUGUAGGUCAUGAUUAACCAUGACCUACAUGAUAUGAAGUGAAUGUUUUGAGAACAGAUGAAACCCUGAUGAAGACUGCUUAGCUGUCGAAACUUUGAUUAAAUGCAAUUUUGCAUCGGAGCCAUCAGUGUGCAGCUUUUCCUUUUCUAAGAUGUUUUUAGGACUGCCAUGGUAACUAAGCACAUAAUCUGUGUGGUUUUAUGCCCCGUCCUCAGGGCCUUGCGGGUCAGCCUGGACGAGCAGGGGAGAAGGGAGACCUGGGAGACCCUGGAGAGCACGGACGUAACGUGAGACACAUGUUUAUGUGACAUUGUGACACUCCUCUGACAGAUUGUUCUGAAAUACUGUCUGUGUCUUCUGUGUAAUAGUUAUUGAGAGCAUGGAAGACAUGUGAGACGCAUGUUUGUGACGUGACAUUUCUGUACACCCAUGAAUCAGUCAAUAAUUUAUGUGACACACAUCUGACACUCUUUUGCCAGAUUGAUCUGAUACUCUAUAUGUGUCAGUAUUUGUGUUGGUUACUGUGAGUAAUACAGUAGCAGUUGGUGUCUGUCUGUAGUGACAGUUGGUGUGUGUGUGUGUGUGUGUGUGUGUGUGUGUGUGUGUGUGUGGUGUAUCAUCCACAGGGCAGCCCAGGACCUAUCGGACCAAGAGGAGAGAAAGGAGUUGAGGUCAGAGGUUAAUCUGUUUGUUAUCUAAUCUGAUAUAAUAGUUCCAAUCUGCUCAAAUUAACAAAACGGUAUGUUGUUUAUGACACAAUAGGGAGCUCAAGGCCCCCCAGGACCUCCAGGGAACGUGGUGAGUCCUGAUAAGAUCUCUUUUUAAAAUAACAAUAUGUUCAUUUAACAGAGGCUAAAUGUGACUUUCAGUCAACAUAUAUGGCCCCUGUGAGAAUCAUACCAAACAAAUGGUAUUACAAGGACCAUACUAACUGAACGAGCCAUCAGAACCACAUAGCUACCCACAUCUCUCUCAAUCUCUCUCUAACUUCUACAGGGUGAUACAGAGCAAAAGCUUAAAGGAGAAAGAGGAGAAAAGGUAUGUAGAUGUCCCUUACUUUCUUCUAACAUUGUACGAACACACCUUUGAAUGUAUACAGCACAGCUCUCUCUCUCGGUACACCUAACCUCCCAGUGUCUGACGUCACUUCCUGUGUCUAGGGAGAUGCUGGUGACCCGGGAGAGCAUGGGGGCAAAGGUCAGAAGGGCGAGGCAGGGUCCUCAGGGGCCGCGGGGCUCCGGGUGAGUAAGACUGCUGUCUCUGCCUCUCUGGCCCCCUGAUGGGUCACUGCCUCUAAACUUUAAGCAGAGUCUUACGGGGCUAUCCUUCAAAAUCUAGUGUCUUGAGAAGCCUAAGCUUCGAAGGUUACUGAAAUAUACUGACCCGUAAUGUCUGUCUGUCUAUGUGCUGUUGUGUGUGCAAUUCUUACCCUGUGUCUUCUCUCUGUCUCACCUGCUCUGUUGUUUGUCUGUGUAGGGUCUCGAGGGACAGCGUGGACCUCCAGGGGCGAGAGUAAGCCACUUUCUGUCUGUCAUGUGUGUCUGUCUGUCUGUCUGUCUUUCUGUCAAGUGUGUCUGUCUGUCUGUCUGUCUGUCUGUCUAACCACUCUAUCCCUCUCUCUAUCUCACUCAUUACUCUUUCUUUCUAUUUCUCCAGGGUGACACAGGAGAGAGAGGAGGCCCAGGAGAGAAGGUCUGAAUAACACAUACUACAGUGACUUCUCACAUUCUCACACAGGCUGAUUUUCUAAUUGACAAAUCCUGAUAGGAUAUGGUUCUCCAAACUGGCUGGUGAUUGGCAGGUUGCGCUGUCCUUCAUUCCACCGGAUCCUGUUUCCCAGUCUGCAGAUUCCCAGUGGGAUGAAGAUCAGUGGGGCCUGCUCACAACAUCACCACAGCCUGAGACAUGCAACUUAAUGCUGUAUACACACAUGCUCUGCAUCCUAAAAAAUACCUCACCAUAGUCAUUUCCAAACAUUGAACUAACUCUGAGUAACAACGCUGGAGCAUUGAAUUGCCUUUCCACUUGCUUUAUUUGAAACAGUAGUAGUAGAGUUUUAUCCUCUUGUGCUAAAUGUAUCCAGGUCCAAUACAACCCUGUGCAGCCCUUAUUCUGAUCAAACUGUAUGCAUCAUGUGUGUUCCUCUCUGUAGGGAGAGAGAGGUGCGUCUGGACUGGAUGGACGCAACGGUCUGGACGGCAAACCAGGGGCACCAGGAGCAGCCGGCCUGAGGGUCAGUACCUCUGUCUCUGUCAUACAGACAUUACAGCAGCUGUAGCUUCUCAGGGUACGGUGAACAUGACAUAAACAUUACUGUCUUUAGUUAUCUCUCAAUCAUUUUCCCUUGGUGUUACAGGGAGACCCAGGGAAACUAGGGGAUCCAGGAAGAGAUGUGAGUACCACUGUUCCCCAGGCCAAAAUCAACCCUAGACUCGGGGUGCACAACCCCAGUCCCAGAGGGCUGCACUUCUGCUGGCUUGUGUGGCUCUCUGGUACAAGUCAGUGAGUGGAGCAAGGUGAAGCUGUAACCAUUUGUUUUAUCUGAACCUUUGAGAGGUCCCAUUAAGAAGUGAGAAAGGACUUCAGGCAAAGAUGAUCUAUUAUAUUGAUGGUCCACUGGGCGCUUUAACUAUGGAAAUACAUGUCUGCAAAGGCGAAAGGCAGGCGGGAGGAGGCGAGAUCAGGUGGGAACAUUCUAGCCAGUGAUCUUUUGUAGAAAACAUAUCAAUACACUCGUAACAACCUAAGCAUUAUGCAACUUCAUUUAGAUCAAAUAAGCCUCACCUAUCAAAAUAGCAAUUUGCUUUCAUCUUAAAUAAAUUAAACACUUUCACAUUGCGCCCCAGACAAAAACACCUCACUUGCUUAUAGCGUUAAGCAGACCAAAUCUGCUUAAUCUGCGCGGACAGAUUUUGGGCUGAGUCGACACUCUCACUUUUCGUCUUGCUCUCUGCUUCAGGCUAGUGUGCGUCUGCUAAAUGACAAAAAUGUCAAUGUACAUGGAACAAAAAUAUAAACGCAACAUGUAAAGCAUUGGUCCCAUGUUUCAUGAGCUGAAAUAAAAGAUACCAGAAAUGUUCCAUACGCAAAAAAAGCGUAUUUCUCUUCAUUUUUGUGCACAUAUUUGUUUACAUCCCUGUUGGUGAGCAUUUCUUUUUUGCCAAGAUAAUCCAUCCACCUGACAGGUGUGGCAUAUCAAGAAGCUGAUUAAACAGCAUGAUCAUUACACAGGUGCACCUUGUGCUGGGGACAAUAAAAGGCCACCCUAAAAUGUGCAGUUUUGUCACAUAACACAAUGCCACAGAUUCAUGUUUUGAAGAAGCGUGCAAUUGGCAUGCUGACUGCUGGAAUGUCCACCAGAGCUGUUGCGAGAGAAGUUAAUGUUAAUUUCUGGCAGUACAUCCAACCGGCCUCACAACCGCAGACUACGUGUAACCACGCCAGCCCAGGACCUCCACAUCCGGCAUCUUCAUCUGUGGGAUCGUCUGAGACCAGCCACCCGGACAGCUGAUGAAACUGUGGAUUUGCACAAACAAAGAAUUUCUGCACAAACUGUCAGAAACUGUUUCAGGGAAACUCAUCUGCGUGCUCGUCGUCUUCACCGGAGUCUUGACCUGACUGCAGUUUGGCAUUGUAUCUGACUUCAGUGGGCAAAUGCUCACCUUCGAUGGCCACUGGCACCCUGGAGGAGUGUGCCCUUCAUGGAUGAAUCCCGCUUUCAACUGUACCGAGCAGAUGGCAGACGUGUGGGCGAGCGGUUUGCCGUUGUGAACAGAGUGCCCCGUGGUGGUGGGGUUAUGGUAUGGGCAGGCAUAAGCUACAGACAACGAACACAAUUGCAUUUUAUCGAUGGCAAUUUGAAUGCACCGUGACGAGAUCCUGAGGCCCAUUGUCGUGCCAUUCAUCCACCGCCAUCACCUCAUGUUUCAGCAUGAUAAUGCACGCUCCCAUGUCGCAAGGCUCUGUACACAAUUCCAGGAAGUUGAAAAUAGCCCAGUUCUUCCAUGGCCUGCAUACUCACCAGACAUGUCACCCAUUGAGCAUGUUUGGGAUGCUCUGGAUCGACUUGUACGACAGCAUGUUCCAGUUCCCGCCAAUAACCAGCAACUUCGCACAGCCAUUGAAGAGGAGUGGGACAACAUUCCACAGGCCACAAUCAACAGCCUGAUCAACUCUAUGCGAAGGAGAUGUGUCGCGCUGCAUGAGGCAAAUGGUGUUCACACCAGAUACUGACUGGUUUUCUGAUCCACGCCCCUACCUUUUUUUGAAAGGUAUCUGUGACCAGUAAAUGCAUAUCUGUGUUCCCAGUCGUGUUAAAUCCAUAGAUUAGGGCCUAAUGAAUUUAUUUUAAUUGACUUAUUUCCUUAUAUGAACUGUAACUCAGUAAAAGCUUUGAAAUUGUUGCAUGUUGCGUUUAUAUUUUUGUUCAGUACAAAUGUGGUGGAGGAUGCUCUAUCUCUGUGCACUUACUGUUUUUGAACACUAGAGGGCACUGUGGUGCUGUGUGGUUUCAGCCCUCACACUGCCACUCUGUCUGUCUGUCUGUCUCACCAGGGGCUGCCAGGUCUAAGAGGUGUACAGGGCCUCCCAGGCCCUAUUGGGCCAGCAGGAAAUCCAGGCACACCUGUGAGUUUGUCAACACUCUCAACCACACAAACAAAAACACAUGCAUGCACAACGCACCCACACACACACACAAAGCUCCACUUCCCAAAGCACAUGUCUCAUUGCUGUCUCAUCACCCUAAUUGUUGUGUUUCAGGGCAAAGCAGGAGAAGAUGGAAAACCAGGGGCUGCUGGGAAAAUGGUGAGGGAUCAGUCAGACCUCUAACAUAGCAUCCUGCAGGGCAUUACCACACUACACACACAUUGCACACAAUCAUAUCUCUGAUUAAUAACAAACUGAAUGAAAACAUUUUGAAUGGGAUGCGAUUCAGUGCUAUUCAUUAAGAGCUUUAUCGUCACCAGUUAGUCCUAUGUGUCUCUGUCUGUCUCUGUGUAAUUACCAUUUAAACAUGUUUGUCACAUCCUCAGGUUAAAGUGUACUGAUCAGAUGUGACUCUGAGGCUUUUAUUCCACCUGAGUGGCUGUGCUGGCUGUGGUUUCAUUCCAAAUGGCACCCUAUUCUCUAUAUAGUGCACUAUUUUUGACCACACCCCAUGGGGCUCUGGUCAAAAGUAAUGCAUUAUGUAGGGUUAGGGAGCCAUUUAAGGGGAAGCCUGUCUGUUGUAAUGUUAGGUGAGGAGGUAAUGGGAUGAUCAACCAAAGCCUCUGCAAAACAUUAUCUAUCUGACUGAGAGGCUCUGCUUGAUACAACGGCACACUGAGCUUUGAUAAAUGCACAUUUCAAUGUUGUUAGUAUGGUACAUUUUUUAUUGUGUUGUUGUUUUUCGCAGGGUGAGGAUGGCGUACCAGGGGAAGAUGGCAGAAAGGUCAGUGUUGGUCACUGCACUCAGGACUAUUUAAAUUCACAUAACUUGGAACCUGGAAUAGUAUAACAGUAAUCCUUCUACCUCACAGGGUGACAAAGGAGAGGCUGGGGCUUCUGGAAGAGACGUUAGUAACUUGUUACCCUGUAUCUUUAUCUCUCCACCCUCGUUCUUUCUAUGUCUGUACAAUGUCCUUUCUUUCCUCCCCUGCUGUCGCUCUCUUCCUCUCCGUCUUUCCCUCAGUCUUCAUCGAUCCUGUUCUCCUCGGCUCCUUAGCAUCUCUCAUUAUCCCUGUUCCAUUUCUUUCUCGCCAUCAAUUCCCCUCCUAGUGUGUGUUUAUUAAGCGUAGUCUCCUGUGAUAUUGAUAUUUUCAUCACACCCUGCCUUCACGGUGGAAUCAAUAGCGCUCUAAGCAGCAGCUGUAUAAAUGCAACGGUGGGUAAUGAUCAAGCUGUGCCUUUAUGGGCCAGCCACUUCUGAGAGGCGAUCCGCAGGGGCGCAGAAUGUCAAGGCUGUGGUUUCAUGUCCAAAUUCAUAUAAAUUAUCUAGGACAUCUGCCUCCUUUCUAGUUCAGGCCAGACCCCUUAGGAAUGGAAUAGAGUGUCCGUGCUGGUCUGAAAUUGUCAUGUUUGUGUGUGUGCGCGCGUUCCAGGGCCGUGACGGGCUGAAGGGGGACCGGGGCCUUGCUGGGCCUGCGGGGCCAAAUGGUCUAUCUGGGCCCCAAGGGGUCCCUGGCACCAUCGGACCUCCAGGACAGGUACAGAACAGCCAUAUGGUUCUGCUUCCUAGAAUGUGUGUGUGUGUGUGUGUCACUUGUCUAUUGUGCUCUGAUUAUACAGUUAACUCUCUCUCCCCUCUCUUCUCUCUCUCAGGUGGUCUAUGUGAAGGGAGCUCCAACACUGUCUAUCCCUGGCCCUCAGGGGCCUCCAGGAACCCCAGUAAGUUACUAUGUUGGAUAUGAGCCGUGCAGUAUAGCAUAGCCUGAUGUAGCAGUACUGUGCACUUGUCUUCAGUACGUUUCUAAUGCACUCUGUUUCUGAUGCCCAUCUCUCUGUGUCUCUCAGGGUGUGCCUGGAAUCCCAGGGACCGUAGGAACUAGAGUAAGUCAUUGUCAUAGAGAUCAUUUACUAUUAUUUAUUUCUGAGGUCAGUCAGUCUGCUCCAGCUCUGUCCAUCCAUCUGUCCUUUAGUUUGAUCUCUGACCCAUUCACUCUUGUAUUUCAGGGGGAGAAAGGAGCAGUGGGCAGUAAAGGUGAAAGGGUAAGUGUGUGUGUCUUGCAUAUGAACGUGUACACAUGCUGUUUCCUGAGUAUGUGUAUGGGUGUAUGUGUUAGUGCAUCUUUAGUAUUACUGAUGUGAGAUGUUAUUGACAGGGUGACCCAGGAGAGGACGGGCAACCGGGCAGGCCUGGAACAGCAGUGGUAAGAAAAUAAGGAAUCAAGAAAGGAGAAUAACCCCAGCAAGGGACUGAUAAAGGCAUGACCAUGUACUGUAUUCACUCCUCCUUGACACUGUUUGUGCCUCUCCCCCGUCAGGAUGUGCAGAAGGCCCUCUCUAACCUUGGCAUUGAGGUAAGUGGAUACUAAAUGUCUGCAAUGAUGUGAUGCGACAUUAAGUCAUAGCUGUGCUGUAUAUGAGUCUCCUUCCACUUGACCAAGCCUGGGUCCUAUUCAUUAGGACACACCGUAGCAAAGCGUUGAAACAUUUAUUUCAACUGGAAACGACAAGAAGCUGUUGUCAUUGGACAAGUUCAAGUAGGCCCCCCCCUGUUUCAGUUCGCUUCCUUUCGUUUGGUGCCUGAUGAAUACGACCUUCAAUCAAUCAAAUGUAUUUAUAAAGCCCUUUUUACAUCAGCAGAUGUCACAAAGUGCUAUACAGAAACCCAGCCUAAAACCCCAAACAGCAAGCAAUGCAGAUGUAGAAGCAUUGCGGACCUUUCUGUACUGUCCUGUCUGUAGGUGCGGGACCUGAAGGUGGUUGUGGAGAGGAAGGAUGUCACGCCUGUGGUGGAGAAGGCUGAGAAGGGCCAGAAAGGAGACAAGGGAGAGGCCGGACAGAGAGGACCAGCAGGGAUAGACGUGAGUGAGCUGUCCCCGAUUUGGGAGCAGUGUGGGGAGCAAAGAAAUUAUAUCAAGACCCCCACGCAAAUGGAGUAGUACAGUGAACUAAAACAUGGUAUUAGUGUGUUUAUUUGACCCAUGAUGUAAUGCAUAACUCUCUGCUCACUCAUAAAGUGAUUCUCUGUAUGACUGCAUGGAUUUUGAAUACAAUUGUAAUUUCUAGGACAGUAUGUGUAAUUAAUGUCUUUGCUCAUUUCCAUGUCAGGGUACCCGCGGGCUGUCUGGGGAGAGGGGUGUGAAGGGAGAGCAGGGGGAACGGGGGCCUUUAGGGGCCACAGGACCCAUAGGGAGGGCCAUUGGAGAGAAGGGCCCAGUGGGACCCCCGGGACAGGCUGGAGAGCCAGGAAAACCUGGAAUACCUGGAGGACCAGGGAGAGCCGGAGAACUGGGAGAGGCUGGACGUCCUGGAGAUAAGGUGAGGAGGAGGAAGGAGGGGUUUAAGGAGAGGAGAGGAGGAAUAUGAAUGGAGCAAAUAAAAAAAGAAAGAAGAGGAAGAUCAUGUGGAUUAGAGAUGUGUCAUGUGAUACCACUUUGACUUUCAGGGGGAGAGAGGAGAGAAGGGUGACAAAGGAGAGGCUGUGAGUAUAUUCAUCACCACAAUAAUCAUAAUUUCAUGUACUGUAUAUAUUGUAUGGAUGUUGACCAGAGCAUGACUGUUCUCAUCUCCAGGGGAAAAACGGGCUAGCUGGAUCAGUGGGCCCUCCUGGACCAAAGGUAUGUCCCUGACCUGUACAGACUACUACUUUUCUAAUAAGUCAUCAUUACAGUAAACAUAUCAUAGUGUAUGUAGAGGUUAUUGUGUGCAGUGUGUUUAGUGGGGUGUGUGCGUGUGUGUGUGUGUGUGUGUGUGUGUGUGUUUAAGGGUGCUGCUGCAGAAGCGGGUGAAGCUGGACUCCCCGGAGCAAGGGGGUUCCCUGGGGUCGCAGGACCAAAGGGAGAGCCUGGCGCCUCAGGACCACAGGGAUCCAAAGGCGACAGGGUCAGAACACCUCACUCAAAAUAUUACAGUACUUCAUCAGGCAGCCUGAUGUGUGGCCCUGUGUUUAACCAGCUGUGUGUGUGUUACAGGGUAUUGCAGGGCCCCUUGGAGAUAAAGGUGAUCGGGGUCCAUCUGGAGAACAGGGGCGCAAUGGUUUUCAGGUGACUGUGUGCUUUACAAGAGGGAGCUAUCCCUCAUCUCAUCUACAGCUGGGUUGUCAAACAUGCAGUCCGGGGGCCAUUUGUGGCCCGCCAUCUGAUUCAAUGUGUACCCCUUGGGGAAAAGGAUUUUGACACCUCUGUACUACGCUGUGAGAUGAGAUGUGACUGGCUCUAACCAUAUGGGUUAACUGUUGGCACUACCUGAUACCAGGUUGUAUUACCCUCAUCAUUGUAUGAUUAUGGUGCUGAAGAGGUUGUAAAGACAGUGUUGUAGUGGUAGCUAGUAGUAACCAGGUUGUGUUUUAAUCAUUUCAGGGGACAACAGGAGAACCUGGCAAACCGGGACAGGAUGGGAAGCCGGUGAGAGGAGGAGGGGUGGGGUUAUACCAUGGCACAACUUUGAAGGGAAGAGUAAAAUGAUGAUAAUAUUUUAAUCGUAUAAUAAGGUUACUGUAGCUAGCCUACUUAGGCCAACUUUUUCUGAAUUGAUUAUCAGGCUUUUAUUAAUAUUUUGAUUUAUAUCAAUAACCAUACAAUUAUGGUGCUUCUUUGUUGAUAUAUGAUACCUUUUAGAUAUGACUUAAUUGAUGCAUUAUGCAGGUUUAUACUGUACACUCAUCUGACAGAUCCCAGACAUCACAGGACAAACUGGAGUUACACAGUUUUCAGUUCUUCAAUAGAUUGGCUGCACUACAGUAUAGUUAAGCAGAUAAUGUUGUGUUCGAGUUACAGUGAUCAUGACAUGUCCAACCAUACAGUACAGUACAGGUGAGAAACUGAAACAUUGAUGUUGAUGUUGUGUAAUCAGCCAUGACUAACUAGGGCCCAGAAUUUCUCCUGGGCUGGAAGAACUCAGGGCCCUAGUAGUCAUAACAUGAGGAGGAUAUAGAUGGAUAGAAGGAGAAAGAGAUGUGGAGGGGGAGAGAUGAGGUGAUAAGAUAACUCAAGCUUCUUGUUUCAUCCCACAAUGUUUCGAAGCAGGGUCCACAAGGGCCAGCUGGUCCUCAAGGCCGCUCAGUGAGUAACAGUAACCCAGCCAUGCAGCCUCCUUUUGGGCUGGCCCUGCGUAGGAAAGCCUGUGGAUUGGCUGCGAGUGCUAGGCCGCCGAUGGAGCUGAUGAAGCUACUGUAUCUGCUUCCGUUGGGCUGAGACUACAUUGAACCUUUAGACAGUAACCUUUAGCAGCUCUGCUUCUAACAACACCUCCCUCUUUCUUCUUACCUCCACCCUUCAAUCUGUCACCUUUUCAUCUAUUUUAUACCCUUUCUGUCCCUCCUUCUCUUUUCAACACUUCCAAUUACCCUUGUGUCCUACUAUCCUACUCUUUCUCUUCUUCCUCUCCUCCCUCUCUGACUCUAGGGCCUGCCUGGGUUCCCUGGAGUGCUGGGCAGACCGGUAGGUUUUCUGUGCUGAUGGCUGGCAUGCUUGUGAAUGUUUCAGGAGGAGGGGUACAAGCACGACCCAAGGAUGCUGUGACGGUACCAGUUACCAGUUACUAGUGUCAUCAGCAUCAACAUGCACACAUUGUCACACAGUCCUCCACCGCGCCAUCCUCUGCAUUCAUGUCUCCACCUUAAUUUUCUUUCAUUUGUAUUAGGACCCAUCUCCCAGGGGUCUGAGACUAGAGUUCGGCCUUGAUAGGAAACUCAUGAAAUAUUAAUCUGGACCACCUGUUCCCAGAGUACCAGUGUUAUAUCCAGAUGGCUGGAAUGUUUUAUGUAUUAAACACUACACGUUUGUACAUAUAUGCCACAUACACUAACCAAGAUCAGUUGGACACAAUAGGGUUGUGAAAACUGAGAUGGAUUUAAUGCCCCGUCAGAAUUGUAACAGAUGCAUUUUGCAUUGUGUCAUAGCUCUCUGUGCGUUGUGUGCUAGCUUUCUGUGCGUUGUGUGCUAGCUUUCUGUGCAUGUUUUUAUUUAUUUAUUUUUUAUUUCACCUUUAUUUAACACCUGCUCUGUUGUCUGCUUCUCAGCCCUCCCAAAGCGCUGUUUGCACAUUGUAUACUGUGUGUGUCUUUGUGUAUUGUGUGUGUUUGCAGUUGUGUGUGUAUGCAGUUGUGUAUUUGUUUGUGUGUGAACUCUUUGUACUGUAUGUACAUGUAUGUACAUGUUUGUGUGUACUGUAUGUGUCUUUAUCUCUGUACAUAGCCUACAUGUACGUAAGUAUGUACAAUAUGCUGUGUGUAUGCACAGCAAAUUGGCCAGUGUUACCUAGUGUUGGUUUUCAGUGUAACAUUUCUAGUGUUGAUUCAAGUGUUAAAUUAACACUCAUUGGUGUAAAAUAACCCCAGUGUUGGUGUUAAUAACCAGUGUUAAAACAAAACCACGCCCGUCAUUAUCAUAUUUCCCAGCAUGCUCUAUUGCAGGUUGAUUUUAGAAUUGUUUGUUUCAAUAUCUAUGUUUUUGCAUCGAUUAAUUAAUCUUAUGCUACUGAAAUAUAAAAAAAUAUAUCAAGUAAUCCAAUCUGUUACUUGGACUUAUUGCAACCGUUACUGAAAUGGUUGUUCCAGUUUAGAUGGUUUAGGUAGUCUAAUAUUUUAGAGUUCCCAACAGGCAGUCAUUCUGAAUGCAGGUUAGGGGUGAAUAAAAAUUCCAAAUGUUGGAUAUCCCCGCUCUGGCUGUAUUCCAAUAGGAAUUACACUUCGCAAGCCAGCAUAAUGUGAUUUGCAGGCCUGAAAACCAUGGGUUUCAGGCCACUAUAUUAGGGAAAACAAAGCCCUCAAAAUAAGGCCUUAUUAAACACUUGUAUUGUGUUGAGUAAUUUUAAUGAUGACAUAUUCGCUUAGGAUCUCACUUGGUGAAGGCAACAGGACAGAAAAUAAGACUGCAACAACCAUGUCUCUGUCACUAACAAAUGCAGUUAUGGGUGGUAACUCUACAAUUCACCAGAAAGGCAAGGCACUCUGGGAAACAUGAAAAUAAGGCUUUACACUAAGCAGUGUGUUAAUUUAACACUGAAAAGUGUGGACCCGUAUAGACACUGGACCAGUGUUAAAUGUAACACUCAGUGUUGAUUUAACACUGGAGAAUUUGCUGUGUGUUUGUGUGUCGUAUCAUGCAUGUGUUCUGUGUGUGUGUGCUAUUUCUUUGGCAUGUGAAUCCAGCAUGCUCUUAUCUCUUGUUUGCAGGGAAACCCUGGAGAACCUGGAAUUAGAGGGCCAACUGUAAGUAUGAUACUCUAAUAUCCGACGCACGCGCGCACACACACACACACACACACACACAGCGCUGUACUUAUUCUGAUGCUAUCUCUUUGUAAUUGUAGGGUCCGAUCGGUACCAAUGGACCUCCAGGUCCAUCAGGGGUAAAGGUGAGAACUUAUUCCGUCAUAGACCUAUAGUAUCAUUAAUUCUUAGUUCCAGCUCUGUGGGGAUAUUGCUGAUGCAUUGAGUAGUGUUUAUAUUUUUUUGUCUACAGUAGCUUAGUAUUACAGCACUGGAAUAAUCAAUUUAAGUGUUGUCUUUGUUGUUCUGAGAAUGUGUUUUGAUCUCUGACAGGGUAAUCAAGGAGUGCCUGGGGUUGGCGUUCAGGUGAGAACUUUAUAUGAUCAAUUUUGUGUUGUACAUUAUGGGCUAGUUUCCCAAAUAGAGAUUUAGCCUAGUCCAGGUCUAAAAAGUGAGAUUCUCCAUUGAGAGAGCUUUUUAGUCCAGGACUAGGCUUAAUCUGUGUCUGGGAAACUGGCCUUAUGUGUUUUAUGUUACUACUGUAUAUUCCUAUUUGAUGUUUAUUGCCUCAGUGUUUUUAGAACUACUCACCCACUAUUCACAGUGAAAGUCACAGAGCUUCAUAAUAAUCUAUUUGAAUUGACCCUCCUGUUCCACAGGGACUUCCUGGUCCCCAAGGCAGCAUGGGAGUGACUGGACCUGCAGGGCCUCCUGGAGCUGUGGUAGGGCAUAACAUCAGUCAUCUAUAAACCAACUCUCAUACUGUAUAGUUGUACUGGCUGAACUGGUGUUGUAUUACAUUCCCAUUGGACUGGGGAUUCCUCGUAUGCUCACACCUUUACCUUUAGGCUUACUGUAAUUAAAAAAGCCAUUGACACAAUAAUGUGUGUUUAAUAUUGUUGAAUGUAUUGUAAUGAUACCCUCUCUUCCCAGGGUCCAUCAGGGCCUCCAGGUCUACCAGGGCAGACAGUGAGUACAGCAGCUAUGUGGGGCUCACAUUUCACAUACUGUACUGCAGAGCCAACACACACACCUCCAUCAUCGCCAUGGUUAACACACAGCAAGCCAUUCACACACACAUCAGUUCUUUUGGUGACAUUCAGUGUGUCUCUCCACAGGGGGAGGGGGGCAAGCCAGGGGUCCCAGGAAGAGACGGGAUACCUGGAAAAGAGGGAACACCGGGGUUGCCAGGGAAACAGGUGUGUACUGUUUAUGGUAUCUGACUCUCUACAUCCUACUGUGUUUCUAGUAUGUGUUAGGAUGGCAUCAGGUUCAGUGUGGAUUUGUCUUUGAUAAUGAUUUUCAGAGUGCUGUGUUUGAUCUUUAUAACAGGGUAUCGCUGGACCAAUGGGGUCUGCAGGGUUGAAGGGGGAGCAGGGGGACAGUGGCCCCCCAGGAAAGGUGAGUCAGAGGGGUGAGAGGGGAUCAGGGAAGUGACGGGAGGUUGAAUUGAGCUGUACUUAAAGAUGCACAAUGCAGAAAUUGCUCCGCCAUUUCCUGGUUGCUAAAAUUAGCGUAAUUUCAGUUUAUGUGACAAAACAAGCAAGUAUUGUGUAGAGAAUCAUUGUAUCAUCUAAACUGCUGUGAAAUAUAUUUUCCAUAACCAAAAAUAUUAUAUUUUCAGCUGUUUGAAGCUGGUGUACAAAACCGAAAGUAAAAGACACAAAAACGAAAGUUAAGAAAGGGAAGAGUAGAAUUUAGAGCACAUAGAACAGAUCUACCGCUUCUUAGACUUGCUUUCAAUGAGAAUGACAGAUCUAUAACACACCUUUCUAUGUGAAUUUGGUCAGGUCGCCCCAAAAGUUACAUAUUGCAGCUUUAAGGCUAAUUCAGAGUCCACAGCCGCAGAGCCGUCCGGCGGCCCAUUGUGUGACUACCGUCCGCGGGGGACGCACAGGCCGACCUCGCACCUCCCCAAACUUCCCAACCAACGCAGCUCAGCGUACUCCGCUCCUAUUCAUUUGAUUGUGGUGACAGUUGGAGAAAUUGCUUGAGCUGCUCUGAGAAAUAGAAAAGUAUGAAAGCCAACAUAUUCUAGAACACGUUUUGGACUCUGAUAAGUGCUUUAUUCAAAAGCUCUAUCUGCACAUGACUCCCUCUUCUAUUUACUGUAAAUGGCCAUGACCCCCUCUUCUAUUUACUGUAAAUGGCCAUGACUCACAUCCUCUUUAUCCAACAUCUCUCCAUUUCAAAGACGAGGAAAUCAUUGGCAUGAAUAGGAGGACAGAGGCACAUGUACAAAUACGCAAUGACACACCAAUGCUCAAGCAUAUGUGCAUGCACGCACACAUAUACAGUGAGGGAAAAAAGCAUUUGAUCCCCUGCUGAUUUUGUACGUUUGCUCAUUGACAAAGAAAUGAUCAGUCUAUAAUUGUAAUGGUAGGUUUAUUUGAACAGUGAGAGACAGAAUAACAACAAAGAAAUCCAGGAAAACGCAUGUCAAAAAUGUUAUAAAUUGAUUUGCAUUUUAAUUAGGGAAAUAAGUAUUUGACCCCCUCUCAAUCAGAAAGAUUUCUGGCUCCCAGGUGUCUUUUAUACAGGUAACGAGCUGAGAUUAGGAGCACACUCUUAAGUGCUCCUAAUCUCAGCUUGUUACCUGUAUAAAAGACACCUGUCCACAGAAGCAAUCAAUCAAUCAGAUUCCAAACUCUCCACCAUGGCCAAGACCAAAGAGCUCUCCAAGGAUGUCAGGGACAAGAUUGUAGACCUACACAAGGCUGGAAUGGGCUACAAGACCAUCGCCAAGCAGCUUGGUGAGAAGGUGACAACAGUUGGUGCGAUUAUUCGCAAAUGGAAGAAACACAAAAUAACUGUCAAUCUCCCUCGGCCAGGGGCUCCAUGCAAGAUCUCACCUCGUGGAUUUGCAAUGAUCAUGAGAACGGUGAGGAAUCAGCCCAGAACUACACGGGAGGAUCUUGUCAAUGAUCUCAAGGCAGCUGGGACCAUAUUCACCAAGAAAACAAUUGGUAACACACUACGCUGUGAAGGACUGAAAUCCUGCAGCGCCCGCAAGGUCCCCCUGCUCAAGAAAGCACAUAUACAGGGAUGUCUGAAGUUUGCCAAUUAACAUUUGAAUGAUUCAGAGGAGAACUGGGUGAAAGUGUUGUGGUCAGAUGAGACCAAAAUCGAGCUCUUUGGCAUCAACUCAACUCGCCAUGUUUGGAGGAGGAGGAAUGAUGCAUAUGACCCCAAGAACACCAUCCCCACCGUCAAACAUGGAGGUGGAAACAUUAUGCUUUGGGGGUGUUUUUCUGCUAAGGGGACAGGACAACUUCACCGCAUCAAAGGGACGAUGGACGGCGCCAUGUACCGUCAAAUCUUGGGUGAGAACCUCCUUCCCUCAGCCAGGGCAUUGAAAAUGGGUCGUGGAUGGGUAUUCCAGCAUGAAAAUGACCCAAAACACACGGCCAAGGCAACAAAGGAGUGGCUCAAGAAGAAGCACAUUAAGGUCCUGGAGUGGCCUAGCCAGUCUCCAGACCUUAAUCCCAUAGAAAAUAUGUGGAGGGAGCUGAAGGUUCGAGUUGCCAAAUGUCAGCCUCGAAACCUUAAUGACUUGGAGAAGAUCUGCAAAGAGGAGUGGGACAAAAUCCCUCCUGAGAUGUGUGCAAACCUGGUGGCCAACUACAAGAAACAUCUGACCUCUGUGAUUGCCAACAAGGGUUUUGCCACCAAGUACUAAGUCAUGUUUUGCAGAGGGGUCAAAUACUUAUUUCCCUCAUUAAAAUGCAAAUCAAUUUAUAACAUUUUUGACAUGCGUUUUUCUGGAUUCUUUUGUUGUUAUUCUGUCUCUCACUGUUCAAGUAAACCUACCAUUAAAAUUAUAGACUGAUCAUGUCUUUGUCAGUGGGCAAACGUACAAAAUCAGCAGGGGAUCAAAUACUUUUUUCCCUCACUGUAUAUACAUAUAUACGCACACACACACACACACACACACACACACACACACACACACACACACACACACACAUACAUUCACAUCAUUCACCGGAAGCUUUAGCAGGAUGUACUAAGGUUCUUGAGAAAUUAGAGCUUUUGAAAGGAUGAGAUGUACUGUACCUAUAGACUGCACAUCUGUUAAACUCUUCCUCUAGUGUGAAAACCAAAUUACACUCCUGUUCAUGGUCUGAUGCUCUAAUGAAGGUCAAAAGGCCCAAACGGUAGCGCAAUAAAAAAGUGAUAUUUUGCAGAACAAAGUGGGUGGGAGUUUGCUCAAUCUUUUACUAUUGCUGUCCAUCUUCAGUGCAUUUGCAAACAACCUAAUCCAGAUAUGUGAGUUUCACAUCAUGUUCUCCCUAUAUAUCCCCAUCACAGGCUGUAGCAGGACCCCCUGGUGUGAAAGGAGCACAGGUGAGUGAUUGUCAUGGUUACUCUUCCAGUCGUGGUAACAUCCAGUCAUGGUGACUACAACCUCACCCUGUCUAACUGGUGUAUGGAGACACAAUAGAUAAAACUCAGAAUCAGUGAAUCACCAUACUGAAUUAUACUGAAUCAUAGGCCAACAAACAGAUGUAUUGUAAAUGGCUUUGAAUGUUGCAGAAUGGCCUGGGGUGGUCUAGCGCUUAGAGCGUAUACAGUGCAUUCGGAAUAUAUUCAGACCCCUUUACUUUUUCCACAUUAUGUUACGUGACAGCCUUAUUCUAAAAUUGAUUAAAUUAUUAUUUUUUCUCAUCAAUCUACACACAAUACCUCAUAAUGACAAAGUGAAAACAGGUUUUUAGAAAUGUUUGCAAAUUUAUUUAAAAAUAAAAACAGAAGCACCUUAUUUACAUAAGGAUUCAGACCCUUUGCUCUGGGACUCGAAAUUGAGCUUAGGUGCAUCCUGUUUCCAUUGAUCAUCCUUGAGAUGUUUAUACAACUUGAUUGGAGUCCACCUGUGGUAAAUUCAAUUGAUUUAACAUGAUUUUGAAAGGCACACACCUGUCUAUAUAAGGUCCCACAGUUGACAGUGCAUGUCAGAGCAAAAACCAAGCCAUGAGGUCGAAGGAAUUGUCCGUAGAGCUCCGAGACGGGAUGUGUCGAGGCACAGAUCUGGGGAAGGAUACCAAAACAAUUCUGCAGCAUUGAAAGUCCACAAGAACACAGUGGGCUCUAUCAUUCUUAAAUGGAUGAAGUUUGGAUCCACCAAGACUCUUCCUAUAGCUGGCCGCCCGGCCAAACUGUUCAAUCGGGGUGAAGGGCCUUGGUCAGGGAGGUGACCAAGAACCUGAUGGUCACUCUUACAGAGCUCCAGAGUUCCUCUGUGGGAUGGGAGAACCUUCCAGAAGGACAACCAUCUCUGCAGCACUCCACCAAUCAGGCCGGACAGAAGCCACUCCUCAGUAAAAGGCACAUGACAGCUCGCUUGGAGUUUGCCAAAAGGCACCUAAAGACUCUCAGACCAUGAGAAACAAGAUUCUCUGGUCUGAUGAAACCAAGAUUGAACUCUUUGGCCUGAAUGCCAAGCAUCACGUCUGGAGGAAACCUGGCACCAUCCCUACGGUGAAGCUUGUUGGUGGCAGCAUCAUGCUGUGGGGAUGUUUUUCUAGUCAGGAUCGAUGGAAAGAUGAACGUAGCAAAGUACAGAGAUCCUUGAUGAAAACCUGCUCCAGAGCGCUCAGGACCUCAGACUGGAGCCAAGGUUCACCUUCCAACAGGACAACGACCCUAGGCACAUAGCCAACACAACGCAGGAGUGACUUCGGGACAAGUCUCUGAAUGUCCUUGAGUGGCCCAGCCAGAGCCUGGACUUGAACCCGAUUGAACAUCUCUGGAGAGACCUGAAAAUAGCUGUGCAGCGAUGCUCCCCAUCCAACCUGACAGAGCUUGAGAGGAUCUGCAGAGAAGAAUGGGAGAAACUCCCCAAAUACAGGUGUGCCAAGCUUGUAGCGUCAUACCCAAGAAGACUUAAGGUUGUAAUCGCUGCCAAAAGUGCUUCAACAAGGUACUGAGUAAAGGGUCUGAAUACUUAUGUAAAUGUGAUAUUUCCGUUUUUAAUAAUUUUUCAAAAAUAUUAUAAAAACCAGUUUUUACUUUGUCAUUAUGGCUCAUUGUGUGUAGAUUGAUAAGGAAAAUGUAAUCCAAUGUAAUCCAUUUUAGAAUAAGGCUGUAACGUAACAAAAUGUCGUAAAGGUCAUGGGGUCUGAAUACUUUCCGAAUGCACUGUAUAUGCCGUGUUGGCGUGGGUUCGAAUCCAACCAAUGUCCUUAUUACGCAAUGCUUAUCUGUCCUGUCUCUCUCUAACUGUUUCUAUCCACUUGGACUUCCCCGCUCUUUAAAGCAGAGGUGGGCAUACUACGGCCAGUGGGCCGGUCCGGAUUCCAUCCAGCCCUCGGGAGGUUUGAGUAAACACCACAAUUAUUAUUUUGGAUUAGAAAACACUCCAGGCCACUCUUGAACGCCUAAAACUAGAUUGAAAGUAUGUAGAAACUUUAAUGGACCUAUUUCUUUACAGUAACUACCAAUUUUCUGGCCUGCAAAUUCAGCGACCCUCCGUUGAAUUUCAAAAUCCCGAUGUGGCCCUCAAGCCAAAAAGUGUGCCCACUCCUGCUUUAAAGGAAUAGUGCGAUAAUGCAAGAGUCAGAUGAACUCAUGGAUACAAUUUUUAUGUCCCUGCAUGCAGUUUGAAGGUAGUUUAGCAAGCCAUUGCUAACUAGUGUUAGCGCAAUGACUGGAAGUCUACUGGAACAGCUAGAAUGGGGCUUAAUUGCCAAAAUCUCACGUUAUCCCGUUAAUAAUAAGGAAGAGAAUAGAGCAGAAUGGUAAUACUAAGGUGAGGAACUAUGUGCAAUAGAAUAGGAUGGAACAGAGCUUAAUAUAAUUGAAGUGUAUUGGUUAUAAUUGGUUCAGGGACCUCCUGGUGUGACCUUACCUGGGACAGUGGGAGAGAGAGGCCUGCCAGGGCUACGGGUGAGUCUCAUUGGUUGAAACAAUUAUUGACAUAUUUCAGCUAUUACUCAGGCGUUUAUUACACAUAUUAUACUAUACCGAUUAUUAUAACAAGAACGUGUUUAGUGAUUGCUAAAUUACAUAUUUCUAAAAUGCAAUUUUUCUAAAAUGGUUGUCCUUUAGGGUGAGAGGGGAGACAAGGGUCCUGCAGGCAUCAAAGGGGACAGGGUGAGUAAUGUCACUUAACACAGAACGUUACUCAACAUUCACAGACACGGUGAUCAGGGAUGUUAUUGUGUGUGUGUCUGUGUCUCGUUGAAAUAGGGAGCUGCUGGUGAAAAUGGGGAGCCUGGAGAAGAUGUGAGUCACCCUUUGACAUUUUGUAACAUCAAAUAUUUAACAUAUCUAACAGAUGUCACUGUUACUAACUUCUCCAUCCACUUUCUCUCUCUCAGGGGGGCAGAGGACCAGCAGGGCCUAAAGGAGACAAGGUAAUACACAUCACCAGCUGAUUCCCUGUGUCUGUCUUUCCCUGGCUGCUAACCAUGUGACAGAACUGACAGGAUAUGUGUUGCAGGGAGAGAGAGGCAUUGGACUGGCAGGGCCUCCUGGUCAGCUGGGACCUCAAGGGUUAAAUGUUAGUAUCAUGGACUUGACAAUACUUCUGAAUGUUCUCAUAAACACAUAAAUCACAUAAAGUAUGUUCAUAUUAACAUAUGCAGACUUCUCAGUCUCUCCUCUUGCCUCAGCUAAACAUCUCCAUAACUACACCAUUGCCACAGUGAAUGUGAACCCCUGUGUGUUUGUGUUUUAGGGGGACACAGGUCUCCCGGGCCCAGCAGGCCCUCCAGGAGCCCAGGGCGUAGCAGGGACCCCUGGUCUGGCCGGCCUGAGAGGAGAGAACGGAACUCCAGGGCCCCCAGGGCCUCUAGGACCCAGGGUGAGAGGGCCUAAAUCACCACUAUACUGUAGUUAUUACAUGGGUGACUGGUGUGGUCUUGUCUUUUUAGCCCUGCUCUGUGUGGAAUGUUUAUGUUGUCUCAUCUCCAGGGUAUCCAAGGCUUUACUGGUCAGGCAGGGACCCCUGGAGCUCCUGGGCCCCCCGGACCCCCCGGCCUAGCUGUGAGUAGACUUUGCAUUGCAUCAUGAGGACUUAAUUGACUGUGUGUGUGAGAGAGAGAGAACCCACUAGGCAGAAACUGGUUAAAUCAACGUUGUUUCCACGUCAUUUCCACCUAAGAAAUCAAUGUGAUGACAUUGAAUCAACAUGGAAAACUAAUUGGAUUUGCAAAAAGUCAUUAACGUAACGGCAUUUCGUAUUUUUUUCACCCAACUUUUAAACUAAAUCCAAUGACAUGGUGAAAAGUUUUGUUGAAUUCACGUUAGUUGACAACUCAACCAAAUGUAAAUCAAAGCUAGACAUUGAACUGACGUCUGUGCCCAGUGGGAAAGACUUUGUGUAUUUGCGUUUGUGUGAUGUAAGUGUUCAUGAUCAGUAUACCUUUUUUUCCUUACCAGGGUUCACCGGGCGCUGCUGGAGGCAAAGGGGACAAGGUGAGUUAACGAUGAGAUAAACUCGUCUUCCAUACUGUAUAAUAUCUUAUCAAAUAGGAUGUUGAUGCUCAUAAAUCCCCGUCUUUAGGGAGCGAUUGGAGCGGGAGUACCUGGAUUGAGAGGCGAGAGAGGAGACCCAGGACCGAGGGUAAAACCACAUCACCAUUUGAGAUUGAAUUUCAAUUGUAUCUAAUUUUGACAGUUACGUGUUGUAUUGAAGAGUUGUGUGUGUGUGUUGGGGGAUUUACAGAUUUAUGUGUCUGAUGUUUGCAGGGGGAGGAGGGUCGAGGUGGUCAGAACGGGGAGAGAGGACCAGCGGUAAAUCGCAUAUUAUUUUUCUGUUCUCUACUCAUUCAUCACUGUCUGUCUUUUCUGUAUCUCUACGUCUGUCUAGCUUACCUACUGUUAACAUCACUAUCUUUUUACUGCUCUUUUCACAAAUGGCAAUUUAUCAUGACCAAUUCUGACUCUACCACCUAUACAGUGAGGGAAAAAAAGUAUUUGAUCCCCUGCUGAUUUUGUACGUUUGCCCACUGACAAAGAAAUGAUCAGUCUAUAAUUUUAAUGGUAGGUUUAUUUGAACAGUGAGAGACAGAAUAACAACAAAAAAAUCCAGAAAGACGCAUGUCAAAAAUGUUAUAAAUUGAUUUGCAUUUUAAUGAGGGAAAUAAGUAUUUGACCCCCUCUCAAUCAGAAAGAUUUCUGGCUCCCAGGUGUCUUUUAUACAGGUAACGAGCUGAGAUUAGGAGCACACACUUAAAGGGAGUGCUCCUAAUCUCAGCUUGUUACCUGUAUAAAAGACACCUGUCCACAGAAGCAAUCAAACAAUCAAAUUCCAAACUCUCCACCAUGGCCAAGACCAAAGAGCUCUCCAAGGAUGUCAGGGACAAGAUUGUAGACCUACACAAGGCUGGAAUGGGCUACAAGACCAUCGCCAAGCAGCUUGGUGAGAAGGUGACAACAGUUGGUGCAAUUAUUCGCAAAUGGAAGAAACACAAAAUAACUGUCAAUCUCCCUCGGCCUGGGGCUCCAAGAUCUCACCUCGUGGAUUUGCAAUGAUCAUGAGAACGGUGAGGAAUCAGCCCAGAACUACACGGGAGGAUCUUGUCAAUGAUCUCAAGGCAGCUGGGACCAUAGUCACCAAGAAAACAAUUGGUAACACACUACGCCGUGAAGGACUGAAAUCCUGCAGCGCCCGCAAGGUCCCCCUGUUCAAGAAAGCACAUAUACAGGGCCGUCUGAAGUUUGCCAAUGAACAUCUGAAUGAUUCAGAGGAGAACUGGGUGAAAGUGUUGUGGUCAGAUGAGACCAAAAUGGAGCUCUUUGGCAUCAACUCAACUCGCCAUGUUUGGAGGACGAGGAAUACUGCCUAUGACCCCAAGAACACCAUCCCCACCGUCAAACAUGGAGGUGGAAACAUUAUGCUUUGGGGGUGUUUUUCUGCUAAGGGGACAGGACAACGUCACCGCAUCAAAGGGACGAUGGACGGGGCCAUGUACCGUCAAAUCUUGGGUGAGAACCUCCUUCCCUCAGCCAGGGCAUUGAAAAUGCACACGGCCAAGGCAACAAAGGAGUGGCUCAAGAAGAAGCACAUUAAGGUCCUGGAGUGGCCUAGCCAGUCUCCAGACCUUAAUCCCAUAGAAAAUCUGUGGAGGGAGCUGAAGGUUCGAGUUGCCAAACGUCAACCUCGAAACCUUAAUGACUUGGAGAAGAUCUGCAAAGAGGAGUGGAACAAAAUCCCUCCUGAGAUGUGUGCAAACCUGGUGGCCAACUACAAGAAACGUCUGACCUCUGUGAUUGCCAACAAGGGUUUUGCCACCAAGUACUAAGUCAUGUUUUGCAGAGGGGUCAAAUACUUAUUUCCCUCAUUAAAAUGUAAAUCAAUUUAUAACAUUUUUGACAUGCGUUUUUCUGGAUUUUUUUGUUGUUAUUCUGUCUCUCACUGUUCAAAUAAACCUACCAUUAAAAUUAGACUGAUCAUGUCUUUGUCAGUGGCAAACGUACAAAAUCAGCAGGGGAUAAAAAUAAAUCCCUCACUGAAUGGUGUUUGUUUGUGUUUGUUUGUUAAUUAUUGGAGGUCAUUGGCCCAUUCCUCGAUAUUGACCCGACUUAAUAGAGAGCGGGAAAAUGAGAGAAAGAACGUGGGAAAGCUGAAGUGGAUGUAGAUAGAGUUCAAAAGAACAGUAAACAAAAUAAUGAUAUUACUUAAGCGGUGCACUUCAGAAAAUAGAAAUUACUCAAACGAAAGGAAAAGUAAUGAAAGCAAAAGACGUCAGCAUCAUGCGUAUUCCUUUAAAUAGUUUCAAUCUCCAUCCCUACUACAGUAUACCUUGAUUGUAGGAAUCAAUGCAAUCCAUUAUUGUCAUGCCCAUUACUGCUCCAUACAUAGAACAUAGAUAUAUCCUGUUUCUCUGAACAUAUCACUAGUAAUGCAGUAGAUCUGUCCUUACGAUAUGUUUUAUCUCCACUUUAAUCUAGUGAUAUAGACCUUGUUCUACAUAGCUCCUUUAAAAGCUGCCAGCUAGGCUCUGGCUCUGACCCUCUUUCACUUCCUAUACAUUAGUCCUACUGAGAGUGAGGCUUUUCUCCUAGGCUGAGACCACUAAACCUGGUCCUCUGUAGCUCAGCUGGUAGAGCACAGCGCUUGUAACGCCAAGGUAGUGGGUUCGAUCCCCGGGACCACCCAUACACAAAACAUUUAUGCACGCAUGACUGUAAGUCACUUUGGAUAAAAGCGUCUGCUAAAUGGCAUAUUAUUAUUAUUAUUAUUAAGAACAUACUCAGCCUCUCUCUCACAUUAGUUGCCUGGUAACCUCUAGAAAGGGGGCUGGUUAUUGUAGAGUGCCCAUGGCAUUCCAUUUUAAACUCAGGUGAGACACAGACAGCAACUCUUCUAUUAUAGUACCUUCUUUACUCAUACAGGAGAGUGC